AAGGCGGGGCGGCCGGAGUGGUGGCCGCGCCCCCUUGCCGGGGCCAUUGGGCUGAACUACCUAGGAGGCUGGCUAUAGAGAAGUGCCGGGGCGCGGGGGGUGAGCCCGGCGGCUGAGGCGCUCGAGGGCCAGCCAGGGGUGGGGUCGGCCGGGGGCUGAAGAGGGGGGACGAUGGCGGCAGCUGGCGGCGGCACUUCCGCGGUCUCCGUGCUGGCUCCGAACGGGAGGCGAGUGACGGUGCGAGUAGGCCCAAGCACCGCGCUGCUCCAGGUGGGUCUGGCCCAGGGACCGGGAGGCUGGGCGGAUGCAGUCACUCUGAUUGGCCCUGGGGCAGGAAAGGGGGGAAAGAGGCUCGUUCUGAUUGGACCAGAGGGCACAUAAUUGUCAAGGGUUUUUCUCUCGGACCCGGCCGGGCCGGGAAGAGUUUCUUGAGUGGUAGAAACGGGAUGGGUUGAACACUGAUAAAAGCCGGUGACGGGCUUUUUCCUCCUCCCUUUAUCUCGGUGUCUGAAAGGAAGUUGUGCAAUAAUGGAAGGACUCCGGCCUCCUGAAAUGGGGGAGGAUCGUAGAUAUUUGCCCCUGGUGGGGAAAAGAAAUGGCCCCUGACAGCGCAGUCAUCUUGGCUGUUGACUUCUGUCAUUCAGCAGGGGCUUACUCGCUAGUAAAUGCGUUUAGGAUUGCAACCUGAAUGGGGUUAUGUCGAGAAAUGCAUUUUUUGUAGGAGAAAAGAACUGAAAGGAGGGAUCUCCUCCUGUAAAACCUUAGUAGACCCUUCCGGAAAAAAAUAGACGCCUUCCGAUGCAGGCAGGUGCGAAUGAGAGAGUUGAAAGUCCCUUUGAAAUGUUAAAAGUAUCUCUUCUAGUCUUAUGUAAUUUAUGGGGGGAAGCCAACCCAUAGUCCUGUGGCACCUUGAAGACUACCAAAUGUAUUAUGGCACAUGCUAGUCUUUAAGUUGCUGCAAGAUUCUUUUUUGGGUUUGCCUCUCAGGGAAAUGUACCGGUAAUUUAUAUCUUUUUGGGGGUAGAUCUUCUAUCGCAGUGGUGGGGAACCUCAGGCCUUGGGGCUGAAUGUGGCCUUCCAGACCUCUCUGUCUGUCCCUUGGGACUUUUCCCCAGACCAUACUCUUCCCCAGGCCUGUUCUGCACCCUCUUCAGGUGUUUUUGUCUGGCUGGCAUGUGCCCUUAAUAUGACCAUGCCUCUUACUUAACUGGAUGGAGAACAGAGAAUGGUGUCUGUAGAAACUACCCUACCAUAUAAAGGUAAUAUUUACAUUCACUACUCUGCCUCCUUUUAACCCAGCCCACCACUGGCAUGUGGAUCUAUAACUUUAAAAAGGUUUUCCACUCUCACUCUAUCAGACUUCAUCAGAGGUUUUCUUUUUUUAUCGGACCACAAAGAUUUUGAUUUAAGCUUCUUUCAUGUAAGGUCUUUUUUCUUUUGUUUCCCAACCUGCAUGUUCAGUGGUCCAUAAAUGAGUAUUCCAUAAGGUUUCCUUGCACUUAUUCAUGUAAAUAAUUAUCCUCUAUAAAAUCCCACAAGGAUCAAUGGGGUACCUAAAAACAACCAGUCAAUUUAGCCUUCAUUAUGAAAAAUUAGUCCUCAAAUUAAUGUAAUGUUGAGGGAGAUUGCUACUUUCUGUCAGAAAUGUAUCAUGUUAACAUCCUGGAAUAGUUUGCAGUGUUACCCCAGAAUAAAUGUAAUUUUCCUCUGAUUGUACUCUCACAUUUGGCCUAAAUUCUCUUGUCGGGCUGUGGGGGAGAAUCUUCCUCUCAUGCAGGUGGAAUUGUUAAUGUAAGUUAGAAUCACAACUUGAACCAUAAGCAUGAGUUGAGAAGGGGGGGGGAGGAUGCUGACUGAAGUAAAUGAUAGCUCACCUGUUAGAGCAUGAGACUCUUCAUCUCGGGGUCAUGAGUUGAGCCCCAUUUUGGGCAAAAGUUUCCUGCAUUGCAGGAGGGGGUGGACUAGAUGACCCUCAUGGUACCUUCCAACUCUAUAAUUCUAUGACUAAUCUGCACUGAGUAUGUUAUGGGACAGAAUGGGAGAACUCUCUAUUUUAUAUUAACAUCUUGCCUUUUUUCUUUUUUAAGAUUCUGGAAGAGGUUUGUAGAAAGCAGAAUUUCAGUCCCAAUGAAUAUGAUUUGAAGUGAGUCUUACUGUUUUUUCCAUACCUUUAUAGCUUGACAGUUCGCUGUUUCUUUGCCGUUAAUUUGGGGGACAGGUGGGAGAGAAGUGUAAUAUGGAGCCCACAAUGGCCGUCCAGAACUAUUCACUUUUGAAGGCUGUGAUCCCAAAUUUGACAUGUCUAGCAGAGUGUUCCUUGGCCAAGAUCAAACUUUCAUCUUAAUUGGUCAGAUGUAGUACCAGUUCUCAUGCACCUGCAGCGGGCUGUUGAAAACAGGAUGCUGGGCUAGAUAGACCCACUUCCCUGAUGUGAAAACACAGUCACUAGUUCAUUCAGAAUGGAGAUGGGGAACGGAUGGACCGCCAGAUGUUGUUGGACUCUGCCUCUCAUCAGCACCAACUAGCAUGACCAGCGGUUAGGGAUGAUGGGCGUUGUACUUCAACAAACUCUAAAUGGCCACAGGUUCUCCCUCCCUGUUUUAGCAAUAAUAUAUCUUAAUUCCAUGCAUACUCACCAACUUCUCUAGGGAUUUAUAGCCCCAAAUUCCAAGUAUUUUGGCAUAAUCGGUCUAUGAAAUAGGCAUGUAUUAAUAUCAUUAUUAAUAUUUCUUAGAUGCAGAGAACUCAAGGUGACUAACAAGAAUACUAAAAUAUUUACAGUGCAAAAUAAAACAUUGAAAUCCAAUAAUUUAUCUGUAUAAUACUAAAACCAUACCACCCCACGAAAAUUAACAAAAUCUGGCAACAAUAUAAUCAAUAAUUACAGGUGAAUCAGAAAAUGAUUAAUAAGAGCCCAGAUUUCAAAUUUAGUUAAAAAAAAAAGUGUUUCUCAAGUAAAAAAAAAAAUCCCCACAGUAGAUUCCCUUUCAUAGUUAGGGCAAGAAGCAUCCCAUUCUGGUUGGUGCAGGUCAUGUUAAGAGGCAUGGCAGUCUAAAGGAAAUGUAGCUGCAGGUGGACCUGCUGUUAAUGGUGUUGCUAGGGUUGUGUUUUCCUGCAGUUGAGUCACUGAGACAGUUAAUACCCUUGUUAUUGCAAGAUCUCCUGCAAUGCUUUUGCAAAGUUUUUUGCAGAUAAAGUCGCUCAGAUUCAGAAGAGGUAGACUCCACCGUGGGAGUCGGGCCAGGGUGGCAGAGUGCUAGAGUCCUGUCUAGUCAUGUUACAUGGGAUCAAUUCCAAUCUGUUACCUCCGAGGAUUGCUUGGACGAGUGAAACCGACCACCUUUCUCUUUGAUCCUUGCCCAUCCUGGCUAAUAAAAGUGAGCCGGGAAGGGCUGGGCGAUGGGCUCUGUGGGGUGAUGAAUGCUUCCCUCUGUGAGGGAGUCUUCCCAGACCCACUGAAAGAGGUGGUCAUUAAACCGCUUCUUAAAAAAAAAAACUUUAGACCUGGCCAAUAUGGCCAACUAUUGCCCCGUCUCAGAUCUACCAUUCUUGGGCAAGGUGAUUGAGCGGGUGGUUGCUGAACAACUCCAAGCACGCCUGGAGGAUGCGGACCAUUUAGAUCUCUUCCAAUCGGGAUUCAAGCCUCACCAUGAGACUGAAACUGCCUUGGUCGCGUUGGUCGAUGAUCUCUGGGGAGGGAUAUAAAUAAUAAAUUGUUGUUGUUGUUGUUGUUGUUGUUGAAGCUGCAGCUAUGGAGAGCCAAAGGCGUUUACGUACCUGGGGUGGAAAAUGGAAAUGGCAUUGCCUUCACUUGAACUAGUUCACAGGUCUAGAGAAAGCCAUCUUGUGCAUUACUAAUGGAUAUGAAUGGGAGCUAUUCCAGAUCCUGCUCAUUUUAAUGGGGCUCAUGCAGGAACUGUCCUGGUGGAUUGUGCCUUAUGGUUUUGACCUGUAUGCCUCCUACUCUGCUGUCCUUUGGAACACUAAACAUCUGCUGCCCACAGAUGCCAUCUCACUUUGCCUAUGAUAGCUGCGAUGCAGAGUUAACUGUUGUGCUGCUAUUUCAUACAGGCCUCUAACAAAGGAUUCCACUGACUCCCCAGGUCUCUGAACACUCUGGUGGAAACAGCCCCUCUCAUAACUGACAUCACACGGCACUGUGUGCAACUGGGUCAUGCUGCUGUUCUAGACUAUUCUUUUUACAACAAGCUGUUCCUCUAUUAAGCAGCUGUUUGGGCCUGGGCCCCUCUCUGAAAAUAAAAACACUGACAGUAGCGUUGCCUCUGCUUGUCACAUGUAUUUCAGCUCUUUCCAAAUAGCAACUCCUGCAGCUUUUUUUCUAUUUUCUAUCCAAAUGUUUUCCUGAUAUGAAAAUGCUUGCACCUCUUUCCAUUGCUUUACUCUACAGCUUCUAAGAGUGUGGCCCUUUGUAUGCAUAUUCAUAGUUUGUUGAGAGUUGGGUGGCUCCUGUUGUUCCUAGUCUUCAAACAAAAACAUCCUGAAGGUCCCAGGCCACAGAGAGGUUAGACUGGCCUCAACUAGAGCCAGGGCUUUUUCGGCUGUGGCUCCGAUCUGGUGGAACGCUCUGUCACAAGAGACUAGGGCCCUGCGGGACUUGACAUCUUUCCGCAGGGCCUGCAAGACAGAGCUGUUCCACCAGGCCUUUGGUCAGGGCACAGCCUGACUCCCUCCUUUGGCAAUCUUCACAGAACUUUAGUCUAAUGGUUGCCAUCAAUUUGAGUUGAAUUAAUUUUAUAAUGAAAUGAUUUUAGAAUGUUGUACUAUUUUAUUGUAGUUAGCCGCCCUGAGCCCGGCUUCGGCUGGGGAGGGCGGGUAUAAAUAAUAAUAAUUAUUAUUAUUACUAAACUGUGUUAAAUGAAGCAAGGAAGAGGGGGAAGUAAGUAGCUGACCUAAUAUUGUUGGCUUGAAUCCAGGGGAGCAUGGGGUGAAUGUCAUGCAGUGGACCUUUCCUGCCUCUUCCUUCCAGCCACAGUCCUUGUGCCCUCUGAAAAGCAGCCCCUGCAGGUCAGAAAGCCUUCUAGAAUGACAUGGGAUAUGGCAAGUGCAGAGAUGCUGCUGGAGAGGGAUGUUAGUGGAUAUUGGAACCACCAAUUGCACAAGUAUAAAUACCUCUGGAUUCAAGCCAUUGUUUCUGUGAGCAUCAGUAACUAGUACUAAUUGUUCCAUGAUAUUCUGAUUAUGUUGGGGAUAUCUAUGUGGAACCUAAAAUCAUGGUUGCACAAAUCUACAUGUUCUGUUUAGUACGCUAUAAAAUGUGGCAACAGAAAAUAAUAUUUUAGGAGUACCUUUCAAGCAUUACUGUGGUGCUGGGGAAUUGCUUUUCUGUGGGUCCAUCUCACAGCAUUGUGGUAACAUUUAAAGGCCCAUAACCACAUGAAUGGUGCAAAUUGUAUAAAUCCUUGUUGCCUGACCAUGGCUAGGGAAUGAUGAUAUCAUGCUAAGGACCUGUGUGGUUAGCACCCAUGUGGUUUGGGGCCUUUAAAUGUUACCACAGUGCUGUGGGAAAAACCAGGGGAAAAUGUCUCACAUGUACUGUAGUAACUUAAUUUAAUUUAAGGAAGAUUGUCGGGGGGGGGUAGAUUUAGAGAUCACCUGUUUGGGGUAAUUAAUAAAGGACUUGGCUGGAUCCUUAGAUCCAGAGUGCAGGCUGAACACAUUCUCCAGUAGUAAGAGAGCCCCAGCAGAGUUUAAAAAUCACAAAAUGUUUAGCAACAGUGAAGCAUUAGGAAUAAAGGCUGUUAGACCCUUUUAAUAUCCAGUCUACUAUGCUUACAGUGCUUCUCCAUUUAUCCCCCUCUUGUAGUGAUCAGACCACACAGUUCUGUAGGUUUUAAUGGAUUUUACUUACAAUUCCCAAAUGUCAGAUUUAUGUGUUAUUCCAUGCAGCAGCCAGAAGAACACAAGUAGAAAUUAUCGGGUUACAAAAUACGGGGGCGGGGGGGAAUCACUGAUAAGUAGUCUGAAUUAGUCUCAGGGCAAAAGGAUAUCAUUAGACUGUUUCUUUUGCAGGUUUCAGAGGACUGUGCUGGACCUCUCUGUUCAAUGGAGAUUUGCCAACCUACCCAACAACGCCAAACUGGAGAUGGUGCCAGUCUCUCGUAAUAGAGCAGGAAUUGAAACUACGGUAGGUUCUUUUCACUUUAUAACACACUUCUAGCUCACAUUCCAGCCGUGAUCGUGGCAGGGUUUUGUCAGAGGGACGAUGAUAAGAUAUCCCCCUUCACAGGAUUCUCAGCUUCCUUAUGAACCUAUAUAUGUUGCUUUGUUUUUAAAGCAAAAUUUCAAGGCAAAGUGGAGGAACCUGCGACCCUCCAGAUGCUGCUGGAUUCCAUCUAAGGCUUUUUGUACAAGAUAAAGACAGGCACGAUAAAGAAAUCCCUCAGUUUCUCUAGGUACUGUACUGUAAGUUGCCUCUCAUUCACUGUCAACCUCUUCACCUUCUUUCUGUCAGCUCAUUUAUAAUCUUAAAUGGAGUUGAUAAAAGAAAGAGUGAGAGAUGGCAUAGUAGUAGUAGGACCUCAGUCCUUUUUAGAAAGCAUAUCAUACACAGUGGUUCCUCAGGUUAAGAACUUAAUUAGUUCUGGAGGGCCGUUCUUAACCUGAAACUGUUCUUAACCUGAAGUACCACUUUAGCUAAUGGGGCCUCCCGCUGCUGCUGCGCCGCCCAAACACGAUUUCUGUUCUCAUCCUGAAGCAAAGUUCUUAACCCGAGGUACUAUUUCACGGUUAGCGGAGUCUGUAACCUGAAGCAUCUGUAACCCGAGGUACCACUGUAUUUCUCCGUAAUUUUAUUUUUAAAACUCAUGUUCUUUGGUAAUUACCGUCUGACAUAAGGCUUAGUCUGACCUGAAUAAAGUUGCCAAAAGAGAAAGGGUUUGGCUUUCCUUGUCUGGGAUAUACUAUAUUGUACUGCGGUUCUUAUCAGUUUUGUAAAUGAAAUUGGAUCUCCUAAAUGGUUCUAAAUGGUUGACCUGGCUAAUAUUGCCAUUAGAUGCUGUGUGCCACUUAGAUUUUCACGUAUCAGUAAUAAAAGUGUUGGAAGAGUGAUAAAAAAAUGGAGGAAUGCACAGAAAUUGGUUUGAAAAGGGCAUUAAUAUUGCUUUAAAAGCAUAGAUUAAGCUUUGCUAUGAAAUGGUGAUAUAUGUUUGACUUACAAUGCAGUCCAAUGUGUAUUUACCCCAAAAUAAAUCCCAUGGUAUUCACUGGGGCUUAAUUCUAGCUAAGUGUGAAACCCAAACAAUAUACUUUUUCAGGGAUAGCAGUUCUGCUCUUAAAAUCCCUAAAAGAAGGAAGUUAUUUACCAAGGCCAACUAUAUUUUCUUUAAAAAAGAAGAAGCCCUAAAGACUUACAGAAAUUGUAUAUACAACAAUGAACAAAUGAAGAACCAAGGCAAAUCCUUUUCAGUGGAAAUUUGCUGGAGCACACUAAACCAAUUAAAGAAUCAUCAAUUUAUGGUCAGUUAGCCAACAACUUUUCAUAAAAUUAAUUGGCUGAGAAUGCAAUGGAGAGAAAUUGCAUUUGUACUGGCAACGUGAGUCAGUUAAGCUUUUGAUGAAUAAGUAUUUGGAAGGCUCAGCUUUGUUCUCUAGGUAAAUAUCAAAUGUUCUCUCUACUCUCGCCAUGAUGUUUGGAAAUCACACCAACAGGAUGGGACAGAUGGAUUAAAUUUACUCCACUUGGCCCAGCACUGUGAUGGUUGUGGGCAGGGUAGGUGGGUGAGGAAGCCACUCACCUGUUAGGAUCCUGACAGACUCAUACCCUGGAGAGACCUCUUCAGAGGAAGAGAUUUGGGGGUUGCAUGCAGCACCCUGUUCCUACCGAAUACUUAAAGAAACCCAUACCAGUCCCAAGGCAACCAGAAGAGCCCCAUCUCAACGAUGCCUCCUUUGCUUUCCCUUCAACCCUAUCCACCUUGAUCUGCAGUUCUUCCUCAUCAUCCCCUGGGCCACAGGAGGAAAGGUGGUGGGAGAGCAGAUGGGAAGGCCUAACUUGCAAGGUAAUCUUCUUGCCUUCCAGACAGCUCUGUUGGCCGGGAUCUACAUGGGAGGAGGGAUCUAUUUGGGAGGAGUGGGGAGAAGACCCAACUGCAGGCUGUGACCCAGAAGAGGACCAGGGAGAGACGGGGACUAUGUACGUCCCUCAGACUCCUCUGGACCUUUGCUGGGUAAAGAGCUCCCUUCAGAGCUCCUCCGUGCUCCAGUUUCUGUGUUCCACCUCCUAGCUCCAGACUCCUCAUUCCUUCGGCCUCCACACUGGUUCUGGUUGCAGACAUUACCUUGGAACAGCACUUCUUCUUCCUCUUGUGAGACACCAUUGCUAGAAGCCUUUGGAGGUUGGAGCAUCCGUUCUUGUUUCCUGAGCCUAAGGCCUUCCAGCAAUUGUACUGUGCCAGAGAGAGAAGAGGAUCUUCUCAAAUUAAGAAGUAGUGCUUGAUUUUGGUAAAGGGCUGGCAAGCUGCUAACAGUGGUUUUGCAGGCUGCAUUGAGUCAUUGGGCUGUGGAUUUGUAACCUGUAUUUUAUGUUGUAGCGUUGGAAAGUUAUCCCCCUUACCUAAGGGUUGUGGAUUUCAGACUUGGUAGUGUAGCUUUAGAACAUCUGACGUCUGAUUUUUUAGCUCUUGAAAAAAUUAUCAGAUACAUAUUGUAAUUAAAAAGAAAUAACUCCCUCAGGAAACUAAUCAAUACUAGCAACUGAAGGAUAGAACUAAUUUAACAAAGCAUAUUAUUUAUUUAUAUUUACUUUUAGAGUGGAAUGAAUGGAACUAGAUAGGGAAAAUAUAUGGGGAUUGAUGUUUGUAUAUUUCAGAAAUGUAAAUGAAUUCUCUGUGUAUAUCCUUUAAAUGAAUCCAGUGUCUAGCCUCCAGUAGUCAGUUGUUGAACUUAAGGAAGAUAUUGACUAAAACCACACAUACAUUUUUAGGUGGAGUGUUCAGGGGAAACUACUUCAAAAAUAAGAUAAUUCUGUAAUCCCAGAAACAGAUUUAGGUAAUUAUUGACUCAGAUAUAAAUAGUUAAUCAACAGUUUAGUCCAGUUAAUCCUAAAUUAUUAAUUACAAAAGGAACAUGUUUAAUUAAUAUAAAAAUAUUGCUAUUAAGACUCAUUACUAAUCCUUUAUCAAUAAUUCAUGGAGUUAGAUUUUAUCUGUUGGAAGUAUUGAAAUUGUUAUCUGCUGCAUUAAACCGAAAAGGGAGACAGGUCAUGACUAAAUAACUAGUUGUAGAAAUCAAGAUUUAUCAGUUGAGUUAGUAACAAGGCUAAGCAAUGCCUAAUUCUGUUAAUUCCAAACUAUUACUAUAAGGAAUGUGACUCAGUUCAUUAGAAGUGGUUUGUUAAAGUCUGUGAAAGAGCUUCUUGAACCAAAACUGACAAUUCCAGAGGGCAGAGACAACCAGUAGGGGAGAUGGGCAAGGAGUGGCGUCUUUUUUUUUUUUUUUAUGUGAGACUGAGGGCAUUUUUUGGUUGAAGAAUGGGAUUUUAACGUGCUUUAAAUUAAGCCCCUUGUGCCGACUCUUGGUUUGUUAUGCUGUCAAUACCGGUAAUUAAAUUAUAAACCUUGACUGCUUUGUUGUCUGCAACUCCAGAAACCUUGUUGGGCUCCAGUUCCCAUCAGCUUCAGCCGGCAUAGCAAAUAGGGAUGCUGGGAAUUCUAGUUAAACUGUAUACAGUGAUACCUCAGGUUAAGUACUUAAUUCAUUCUGGAGGUCCGUUCUUAACCUGAAACUGUUCUUAACCUGAAGCACCACUUUAGUCAAUGGGGCCUCCUGCUGCCGCCGUGCCGCCGCUGCAUGAUUUCUGUUCUCAUCCUGAAGCAAAGUUCUUACCCCGAGGUAAUAUUUCUGGGUUAGCGGAGUCUGUAACCUGAAGCGUAUGCAACCUGAGGUACCACUGUAUGUCAUUAAACUACCUUAACUUGAAAAGUAGACACCUCAAAGGAUGACCUUAAAUUGUGUUGGCUGGCAAUGGCCUGGGCGUGCCACAUUAAACCAUAGUUUAAAAUGAGGAACCUGAGGAACCUUUGAGCCUCCAGAUAUUGUCCAGCUUCCAUCAACUCCAGCCAGCAAGGUCAAUGGUGAUAGAUGAUGGGAGUUGGAUUUCAAUGAUAUCUGGAGCGCCCAAGGUUCCCCAGCCCUGGUUUUGGGUCAACCUGUUGGGAUUUGCUGCUUAAAAGCUUCUCUGUGAUACUUCUCUCCCUGCUUCUGCUGCACUGUUGUGUCAUCUGAACCUCAGCUUCUGGUUUGUUUCUCUCCAAACAAGCCAUGAGCGAUAACCAAGGCUUAUUCUUCGUUUCCCACUCAUAGUUUGGGGGAAUUAGGAGCCAGAAUUCAGAUGAUACGACAUGUUCGGCUGUGACAUAUUUAUUAUAUUGUGUGGCAACAGUGGGAAAAUACAGGAAUCUCAGCUAAUUCUCGUCCCAUUAAACUAUAGAUAGCUGAAAACUGUGGCUAAAUGUGAGCUACGAAUUGGGGCAAUAUAUAUAUUUAAUGAACUGAGUAUACUGCUUAAUUGUAAGCAAAUCUCCAAGCAGUUUAUGAAAAUCUGUUAUUUCGCAUUUGGCUUUGUUGGUUGGUUGGUUGCAAGGACCAUAAUAUCGCAUUCCAAAAGAGUUUUUAAAUGGCUGCAUAAUUUCUUCAAUUACUUCUGCUAAAUAAUAAUACCCUUUUAAAAUGUGGGGGGUUUUUUGGGGGGUGGGGCUUUAUUGGGUUGUUGCUUUUAUUAUGAUUAUAUAUUUUGUGGUUUUAUAUUUUGAUUUUGUUCCGUGAACCAUCCUGAGACCUCUGGGUAUAGGGCUGUAUAGAGAUUCAAUAAAUAAAUAAUAAUAAAGAUAUCUUCCUCUGCGGCUGCGAUGCUAGGUGAAGUUAUUUGUAUAUUAUUUAAUUUCUGAGACCCCCCUACUACUGGAAAAUAGUCUCAAGGUGAGUUACAACAUAUACCGUAUUGGCCCGAAUAUAAGCCGCAACCGAAUAUAAGCCUCACCUUUAAAAUUCACAGGGAAAAAGAAAAAAAGUCAAUACCCGAAUAUAAGCUGCUCCCUUAAAAUUACGCAGGCACUCACACCCGUUCCAUUUUACUGUAUGUCUGUUUCACCAGCAUUAUCGUAAAAAAACCAAUUUUUGUAAGGUCGCAAAUUUAAGUCGCACUUUAACUUUUCAUGGUCGGAAUUUCUAAAAAGAGGUGUGGCUUAUAUUCAGGCCAAUACUGUAAAAAAUAUAUAUUUUGUAGUGUUUAUUGUAUUUCCCAGCGGCCUUUACAUGAGCUAAAUCAGCAUACUAUGUCCUAUAUCCCAGUGUUAGUGCCUUCAACUGGUAAAUAGUGAUGGUGUAACUGAAUAAUUUGUAGCUUCGAUAGCGUGAUGAAAACACAGGAUAUGUACAUCUUGACUGGAAGCAAGCUGUGAAAUUUUCUAGACCACAACUGUUAAGAACUGUCCUCUUUAAUUCAUGUCCUCUUUAUUGAAUUUGGGUCCACAUCUUCUUUCUUUCUGGCUUUUGAAAUACAUGUACGUAAGGCAAUGAAAGCAGAUUCCUCAGUGGUCAGGGGAAGUGUACUGUUACAAAGAACUAACACAGCACUUUAGCCGUUCAUCAGUCUUGUACUCGUGUGUUUGUAAACUUAGAAACUAAUUGGCAUGGCUCUCUGUUUGCUGGAUAAAAAGAUUAAUAUUUAUACGUAGCUUGGGAUUUCUGUGAAGUUUUCAUUUAAUUGCCUGAAUAUGACUUUCGUGUCAUGACUGGCUUUGAACUGCUGCCUAAAAAACUGAUGCAAUUGGCAGAGUCAAUUUCUGGGCAAGAGUCUUCUAGCCCGGUGAUGUCAGUUGUCGGCACCCUUAUGCAGCCAAGGAUAAUCCAGAGGCUGGUCUUGGGCAAUGAAGAAACAGGGAAAGCCAUGACAGUGAUAGGAUGAAACUACUUUGGCCCUUGCGCUUAGUGUCUGAAGCUCUGCUUCCUAGGGGCGUGCUGCUGGCUUCAAGCAGGUCACAUCUCUCGGUCAUGGUGCAAUCAUACCCUGCCAAUAAAAGCACUAGGGCACGUUGGAUUUUAUGGUGUAUAGGGUUUACUUUAAAAAAACUUGUUAAAAUCUUGGAAGGAUUUUGUUGUGUCUGUCUCUUUCCCCAGAACCCUUGGAUGCUUCGGUGAUGAGGCCUAUGUGCAGAAUGAGUUCAGUGGGAUGGUGGUUCAGCGCUCUUGCCCCAUUGCCAACUCUGGAGAUUUCAUUGGUGUUUUCUCAAAGAAUUUGCUUGUUAAAAAGAGCGUUUUGCCCUCCCAGUUACGGUGAAAGCUAUCAUAAAAAGAAUACAAAUUCUGUGUUCGCAGGAGUUGCUUGUUGUUGAAUGUUUAUAGACGUCAUUGGACCACCCCUGCAUGUCAUUUACUGGCUCAGGCUUUCAGAUUGCAGUUGAUAGUGUGGAUGGUUCUCAGAUCCAUCGCUUAGGAGGGAAAAGUUCUGUUCUCCAUAAAGGAGAUUUUUCUUGCCCAUGUCAGUUGCACAGUUGCACAGUUAUUUAAGUCAAGCAUUAUUUUAUAUCACAAAAAUCCAGGGGUUGAGUUGACCAUGUGGCGUGUCAGAUGAAGAGUGUUCUCAAAUGGAAAUUAGGUUUGUGCUGGUCAGAAGUGCUUGCAGUUUCUGACCAAACUUCCUCCAUGAUGGCUUCUCCCAAAGGGAACGUUUGACUGACCUUCCCUUUAUCGUUUUGUCCAUGACUGCUUUGGUCAGACGCAGCCCCUUUUGAACUAUGGCUGCCUCCUUCUGUUUUGGAUCUACCAGUUGGCCAUUUUUAACAUUGUGCAAGUGAAAUUCCUUGCUGAAGAAGUAAUUAAUUUACAUUGGAAGCAUUCAGCUUUUCUUUUCUUUUUCUUUUUAAUUUGCUUUUUAUUGAAAUUUCCACACAAAAAAAAAGACAUACAACAGAGGAAAAAUAAACAGACAAAAAUAAAAAAGAAAACACUCCUAUCCUGUCGUGGUUUUCUUACAUCUUUUCUUCUCCUGCAGUUUCUAACUCUGUGAUUUAUGCAUAGCAAGGUUUAUGUUAGGCCUACUGUAGUUUUUAAUUUGUUACCAUUACUUUCAAUGUACUUCACAAAUUUACUUCAUUCUUCAAUAAACUUUGUUUCUUUUUGAUGUCUAAUUUUGUUUGUUAUUCUUGCUAAUUCUGCAUAUUCAAAUAAUUUUGUUUGCCAAUCCAUAAUUGUGGGAGUCUCUGCUUAUUUCCAAUUUUGAGCUAUCAAUAUCCUGUCUGCCGUUGUCGCAUACUGAAAUAAAUUCUGGUCUUCUCUUUUAAUUUCAUCUCCGAUUAUUCCUAAGAGGAAUGCCUCUGGUCUUUUUAAGAAGGUGUACCUAAAGAUUUUUUUUAGUUCAUUAUAUAUGAGCUCCCAAUUUUUUUUAAUUUUGUCACACGCCCACCACAUAUGGUAAAAAUCGCCUUCCUUCUGCUUACAUCUCCAACACAUUUUAUUUCCACUUUUAUACAUUUUAUCUAAUUUUACCAGUGUGAUGUGCCAACGAUACAUCAUUUUUUCCAAAUUUUCUCUUAACGUGACACAUACUGUAAUUUUCAUUCCUCUGUUCCAUAACCUCUCCCACUUGUCAUACUCUAUGUUGUGUCCAAUGUCCAUGGCCCAUUUUAUCAUUACCUCCUUUACCAAUUCCUCUUUUGUGUCCCAUUCUAACAACAGAUUAUACAUCUUAGCUAAGAGUUUAGUUUUCCCUUCUAACACUUCUAUCUGAUAUCUAGAUUUUUUCUCGUUCAUCCCCAAUUUUUUAUCCUCAUUCCAAAGUGCAUUUAUCUGAUGAUAUUGCAGCCAACCUGUCAAUCUAUCUUUCAGUUCGUCAUAUGAUUUAAUCUUCCAACCUUUUCCCGCUUUAAUCAAUAUGUCUUCAUACGUUAACCUUUUCGCUUCCAUGUUCACUUUUUUAUUGUUAAAAUAUCUGUCGGAGAUAACCACCAAGGGGUAUUUUUUUCCAAAAAUUUCUUAUUUUUUCCCCAAAUUUCAAGCAAUGCACCUCUGAAAAUAUGGUUGGAAAAUCCUUUAUGAACCUUUCCUUUGUUGAGCCACAAGUAAGCAUGCCAACCAUAUCUAUUGUUGAAGCCUUCUAGAUCUAACAAAUCCAAAUUCUCCAGGGUGAUCCAUUCUUUAAGCCAACACAGGCUGGGUGCCUCAUAAUAUAAUCUUAGCUUUUCUUAAUUCUGCUUUCAGAGUGAGAAAGAAAUCUACCUCUGAAUGAACGUGUUUCAGGUCAGGUUUUUGGACAGGUUGUUUUUCCCCAGUGGCUACGAGAUUUAAAGUUGCCUGUGACAGGAUCCCAGGAUCAUGUGCAGUGGUGAGAACAGAUCUAAAGUGUAAAAUAACUUUCCCUUAGACAUAGGGAAGCUAAUUAUUCAGUGUCUUUAGACUUCAGAUGAGAUCUAGCCUAGUGAGAAGAAGAGCUAUUUUGAAUAAGAUACCUUAUCAUGAGUUCUAAGGAACUUAUACAUGGGAGAAAAAAUAUCUUAUUGUGUGUGCCUGCACACAAACUCCUAUGGAUAUUGGGAUAUCUCUACAAGGAUUUCUUAGUGGCAUUCCUUUGUUUGUUAUCCCACCCUAAUGCUCUUUUGUCCUUAGUUGUGGAUCCCUGUGAUUAUGCCAAAUGUCCUCUUGUUUCUGACUUAACAUAGUGAGACGUAGCUGUCUUUGCCCAUGAAAAAGAAAACUUCAUUAACAUAUAUUGUGUCUGCAGCCGUGCCUAACUACCAAGCCAAUAGAACUAUCUGGCAAAAACAGAUGUGAACACACACAAAAAACUGUUGGCAAAACAUGCACAUGCUUGCUGUUGUGACUACCUUUUAUUUGAAAUUAUUUUAUAGUAGAGUAGACAUGCAAACUGGAGAAGCUCUUAAGUCUGCACAACCCUCUAUGACAGUUACCCACAAAUGUUAAUAGUCCAGUUUCGUACCUACCCUAAGGAACUCUGUUUGUGAUCCAGUCUUUUUAUAUCUCCCUGUUUUCCGUGGAGCCAAGGAGGUAAUUGCAUAUAUGAAGAAACUCAAACACCUCUGAUUAUUGCUCAUUUGAAGUAUGUCAAAGUCCAGCCACAUCGUCUAUAGCAGCAUUGACCCCAGGUGAUGAAGCUGAUAUCCAAGUACUGUAAACACCCAAGUUCAUAUAACUUUCCAUUCUGCACUCCUGCUGCAAUUCUUUUCAGGACCAGUCAGGAUGCAGUUGAAUGCAGAUGGGUCAAGAUUAGCUAUUGUAAACAGGCUUUUUUGAAUCAGGAACACUUCCAAUCAUAGAAUGAUAGAGUUCCCAUGGAAUAACUUGAUUCUCUCCUUGAUUCUCCCUGAUGUUCUACUUUUCUGCACAGGCGUCCAUUGACAAAUAUCAUCCCUCACUUGAAGUAUGAAGUAGUGCAGUCCAUGGACUCUGCAGUGUGGUUUUGUUCAAAAUAUAGUUCUGCCAUCUAAGUCUUGUAUGCAUGUCUCUAGAGAGACAAUAAUGGAACUGCAAUUUGAUCCACAUGAUCUGUUUGGUUUUUUGGGUCACUGUAUGUGCUGAUAUCUAUUGGUCUGAAGCAUUAGUCAAAAUCCCGGAUGGGGAGGUCAGGAUACAGUUGGCCUGAUGUGACCCUGGAUGGCUGACUUGCCAGAUGUGACCUUAAGCAACUUGCCAAAUACUGUUCUGCCAUUAGUUAUUUGGGACAUAUAUAUUCUGUUCUAAUUCCCUGGGUUCUACCUCCUAGGUACGGAUUGUGCUGCAGCUGGAUGAUUGCUCUAGGCUCCAAGACACGUUUUGCUCCAGUCAGACCUUGUGGGAUAUUCUUAACCACUUUGCACAGACCAGGUGAGUGCAGACAGAGAGCGAUGAGAGAGAAAUGUUUCAGAAAGCUGAAGAUGAAAAGCACAGACGGUUAAGAUGUCAUGAAUGAAUAGAUUCUGUGCUGCUACUUGAAUAAGGCUCCACUAAUGAAUACUUUUCAGAUUAAUGACUGUAUUUAAUAUGAUUGUUAUGCUUCAUAGCUCUUUGUUCACUAUUUGCUCACUAAUGACAGUUGCUUUGGGCAGGGCUGGGUUAUACUGCAAAUGGGAUCACCUUUCAUCAUUGUCCUGGAACUUGGAUUCAUUCAGGGCAAAAACUGCUAGUUUCCUUUAAGGAAGUUGGAAUCACUGCUUAAAAGCGGGGGUUCAGCAAUGGAAGCGGAUGAUAGCUCAGUCUGCAUUUGAGGAGGAUAAUGCUGGCAAGAGAGUAUUGGUUAACUACUUUGCCAUUUUCAGACUUCUUAUCCUCUUUCCUGUCUCGUUUAGCUCCCAGCAGAAAGACGGGAAGAUACACCACUAGGUCCAAACUACUCAUUACACACAAAGGCAUGUAACUGCAGCCCGAUGGCCUUUCUGUGUGUUAACAGAUAGAAGUGGUGAGGGAAGGGAGCAGCUAGCCCUUUCCUACCUAACCUAUCAGUUCCUUGCUUCAAAUCACCCCUCCCUGCCCAUAGUGUUUAAAAUGUAGCCAUCAGUUUUCAUGCAUUCAGAAGAACAAACGAGUACUCAAAAUUAGGUAGAGUGUGUGCCUUUGUCCAAACAUACCGUUUUAUAUCUCAUUAAAGUUCCUCUUUUCCUCUGCUGCUUCUUUGCUACCUCUUGCACACUUCCAAAGCAGCUUUUGAUACACCCACACACCCUGUUAAGCCGUGUGUGUGUGUGUGUGUUUUCUCCAGGGGUACUUCUUCACGGUCAGUUUAUUGUGCCAUUAACAUGCAUUUUGUUUCUCAAUGACUGUACAUUGUUCGCAUGUCUGUGUGUGCCUCCCUCAGUAUCCUUUGAACUGCUGCUCCAGACACAACAUUUUUUAUCUAGGAUGAUGUGAUUUUUUUCACCAGGAGGGUACAUUUGCUGCUCUUUUGGUUGCUCUAUGAAAUGUGGUUGCACAAGUGCCACGAGCUAUUGUGCCGUAUGACUGGCGAGACAAACACAACUUCCUUUCUCUUCCCACCCCACCCCCAACACAGUGUUUUAUUUCAGUCUUCAGUGGUUGUAUGCUCCUGCUCCCCCCCCCCAUUUUUCAUUUAAAAAAUCAUUUAUAUUCAAAAGUAAUAAAACAAUAGAAAUGACAUAUCUAACAAAAAGAAAGCAAAGGAAAAGAAAAAUCAAAACCCAGCCGUUCUUGUGUACAUUUCACAAGUUGAGUAACAGUAUCAUCAUGUUGUUCAUAGUUAUAUUUUUUAAUGAUCCCUUUUUUGUUUUUGUUUUUUAGAAGGGUUGUAUUGUAUGCAAUCCCAUAUGCACAGAUGGGAUUGAAAGGGGAUGUGUAAGAGAAUUGUGCCAAGGCUAGAACUUGAUUGAGCACACUUUUGACUAUGCAGAGAAGUUCCAAGCAUGCUUGCAGCUCAUAGUGUUGACUGAAUGGGCUUUUUCAAACCUUUGCUGAGUUAUGGUUAUAGUGGAGAAAGGCCUUGUUCUAACCUGGAAGCGGUCUACACUUCCAAUAUAGCGUCUCUGUAUUAGAAAGCUUCUGUGAGGGUUUGCCUCCCUCUUGCUGCAGCCUACAUUUAGUGCUUUCCUUCUUCCUGAAGAGGAUUCAAGAACAAAAGGUGCUCUUUCAAACCAAAAAUGUCAAACGAAUGAUCCAUACUCCAAGACAAUUUUGUUGCUUAACUUUUUUUCUUUUUUGUGGCAUGGAAGGCUGAACUUCAUAAAUCAAGGGCGAUUGCUACAAAUUCUAUUGGAGCGUCUUUAACACUCUCUCUCUCUCCCCCCCCCCCAAACACAUUCACUUAUUAGGCAAAUCUUCUAACUCUUGGGAAGGGUUUCUCAGCCUCGUACAGUUUCUGUCAUCUCUGCUUCUUGAAUUCGUUCCAAGUUCUCUUUCUGAUCCAAUGGGAGCUCUUGGCUCCCGUUCUAUUUAAAGGUCUUUUUCCGUAGUCCACGUGCUGUGUUGUAGGAUUGUGUAAUUGGCGGUUGUUUCUUUCGGGCUCAGAAACCAUUCCAACAAUCAUCUAAAGGAGUCAUCGACCUACUGUCAUACCAGGACUUCUAAAGCUGAAAUGAUAGAACUACCAGGAAAGGGGUGGGUGGGCCAGCUUGGACUCUGGUAUGAAUAACAACAAGCAGAUGAGUGCUAUUUCUUUGCCAGCUAGUGGAUUUGCAGUCUCUGUAUUCCUGCCCGCCCCCCUCCCGCCCGACACAUUGGAGACAUUAACCUCGCAAGUAAUACUGUUUAUGUCUAUCUGCAUCGUUGUGUGACUGCCACAGAGCACUCCUAAUUUCAGACGUUUACAAAAGAUAUACCUGUUAGCCCUUCCUCCAUGUGCUGGCUCACAUCUAAUGGCUUUAUUGUACACAGUGCACACCACACUCUGUAGAAACCCCCAACUAGGGAUUACCUCGGAGCCGCUUGGCAGUCUUCUUCUGUAGUUCAGCCCCUACUGAUGGAUCUGUGUAAAGAUUGUUCUGUUUAUUAAAGGUAAAGGGACCCCUGACCAUUAGGUCCAGCCAUGGCCGACUCUGGGGUUGCGGCGCUCAUCUCGCUUUAUUGGCCGAGGGAGCCGGCGUACGGCUUCCGGAUCAUGUGGCCAGCAUGACUAAGUCGCUUCUGGCGAACCAGAGCAAGCAGCGCUCGGAAACGCCGGUUACCUUCUUGCUGGAAGGUUUACCUAUCUAUCUACUUGUACUGUGACGUGCUUUCGAACUGCUAGGUUGGCAGGAGCAGGGACUGAGCAACGGGAGCUCACCCCGUCGCGGGGAUUCGAACCACCGACCUUCUGAUCGGCAAAUCCUAAGCUCUGUGCUUUAACCCACAGCGCCACCCGUGUCCCAUAUUCUGUUUAUUACCAUACACAAAUUCCCUCAGGCCUUACUUUGCUGACUCUUAUUAGGAAUUUACCUGACCAUGCAAAUGCUCAAAGUGUUGGAAGGGGGCGGGUGGGGUGCAUACAAGCCCCGUCCUUAAUAUCUUCCUGUGCGUUGCCCCCCAGUCCCUGGGCUUCCCCAUGCUUGUAUGGAGAAGAUCUGUAGGAAACCUCUGUUUGCGUUUGCUUGAUUGUGUGUGUUUGUGAGUAGACUCCUUGCAAUCAGGGAGCCUGUUUUAUCAGAGGAUUCUACUUGCCUUCACGCAAGCGUGAGUAAAAGCCUCCUGCAGACCUUCUGCUCUCACUGCCAGGGAAGGUUGAGGACACCGUGGUGUACACUGGGGUGCUGGUGGUGGAGCUUGUAGAGUAGGGGUCAGUGCGUGAGACGAGAAGCAAAGUAGACUUGUUCCCGUCACGAUAACCCAUGAUUUAGCGUGAACUCCAAAUGUAUCUUGACAUGUAGGAUUUGUCAUGGAUUAUGCUAUGAUUAUGAAAUCUUUAAGCCGUCAUCUCCCGUACUUUAUCAUGGGAUAUAUACUUCUGUUUCCUGAAUUAAAAUUGAAAACGCAGCUAAUUCUUAAAGCUCUUAGUGUACACAAGAAUAGCCACACUUGGAGGAGUUCCUGAGUUGUUGAUCUGGGCCUUCUUCCUGAAAAUAACAUCUGGCCUCCUCUGACUUCAGGUAAUUCUGCUAUGUGUCUCCAUCAGAAGUCACUUCACAUGCAAAGGCGCAGUAAAACUAAUCACCUUCAACAGAGGCUGAUUGGAAGGAGAUGAGACUGGAGCAGUGAAUUAUAGAAAAGAUGUAGCAGGGUUCUUUUGGUGAAAAGUUGGCCUCACAAAAGCCUUUCAUUAUUUAACUUGUGUGGCAUGCUGCCAGUUCUAUGGCAGCACAUCAGCGUGCCUCAGCACACAAAGCAUGAGAGGUCCUCCUCAAAGCUCUGAAAUUGGGAAACUACCUUAUACAGAGUCAGACUAUCCAGAUGACAUUCUAUGACAUCUUCCAUAGUUUCUGUGCUGUAGGGAAGUAUUGUAUCUUCUAUAGCUUUUUUUAUUUUUAUUUUUACCCCCACUAGUGUUUAAAGCUUUUCAACUCUUGCUCUAUGACUUUUAUAGCACAUCAUACCUAUCUUCCUAGAAACUUGUUUUGUCUAUUGCAUCUGUCGGGUCUCGAUGCCACAAAACUGUUCAUGUUUCAAAAUAUUUUUCCUUCCAGAGUUCUGUGACGUAUAAGAAAUUCACUGGAAGGGCAAUACAAAACAAGAAGGGUUUGGUUCAUUUAGUAGAUUUCCCCCUGCUCUUGGUUUUGUGGCAUGCUGUCAUCUUAUUUCAUGAGCUAAUGUUAUUUUGAAGAACUCUGUGUAUGGAAAAUCCUACUUCAGUAUCAAUGAUUUUGGGGGUCCUACUAGUUUUUUUUAAUUUGUUGCUUGAAUACUGAAUUGAUUCCAGGGCAUCUGCUCAACUCUUGGGGAGGCUCUAACUGUAUUUCAAAAGGCUGCAUUUAAUUUAAAUUUUUUAUUGGUUUUUUCCCUAGCGUAAUUUGGUUGGCUUCUGAUCAUAAAGCAGAAUACAAGUUUACUCUGUUCAUGCUGCUGGUGUCACAUGUUGUUGCUGUCUUUUCUCUUUGGAAGCCUGCUAUUUACUUAAAUUUAUGUUCCCUUCUUUUGCCAUAGGCAUACGUUUCCUCUUCUGCCCCUACAAGUGAUCCCACUGAAGUUGGGAAUCUGCUUGCUUAUUUUGGAGGAUUUAUUGCACACUUCUUAUUCCCGUUUCCUUCUCUUAAAGUAGUGGGGAAGUUUCGUCUUCACACUGCUUCCUCUCCCUGCCCUACGUCCUCUCUCUCUUGACCAUUUCAUGAAGUGGCAGGAUGUAUAUAUUUAUAAAUUUUGGGUCUGAUGUUGCUUUCAGAGAAUUUCGGAAGCUCUUAAAAUUUGGAGAGUAGUGCUCGCUGGCCAAUGAUGUGGCUAGGCUGGUGCCACUACUUUGGUCCUUAAAUGUGUUUAAUAUAGAACUCUCUCUCUAAAAAGAAAUACAUGAAAUACUAGUAAAACUCAUCUUAAGAACUAAAAUUGUGGCCUUACCUAGGGGCAGGGCCAUGGCUCAGUGAUGGAGCAGACUCUUUACAUGAAUAAGUGUCUAGGUGCCCAUUUAAAACAAACUAACAGAUUUUGGGUACCAUGAUCCAGAGAUCCUUGGAGAGCUGCUGCCAGUCUGAGUGAGUUAGAUUGGCCACUGGUCUGACUUGGUCUUUGGCAGCUUCAUAUGUUUGCCCAAUGAAGCUAUCAGCUUCUGAGAUGAGUGCAUACCCCCUGAGCACGGCUUCUUGGUCUCUGCAAUAUCUUUGCUUGGUUUAUCAGCCGACAUUUUUCUUUUUCUUUUGCAGACAUUUGGCUUAUUGUGGUUUAAGGUAUGACAGUGCUGAUGAAACAUCUCUUUUGAAGAUGAGAAGCACUAACAGAAGUUCUAAUUAUUAUUAAUUUCAGUCCACGACAGACAGCUGGGAUAUUCUGCCCUCCGGGAUGGGAAGGCAGCCAUUUGGAUGAUAUUAUUCUGCUUUUAAAAAAUUAGGAACACUAAAAAGCCAUACGUGAUCUGGCAGAGUAGUGAUCUGAGCUGGUGAUCUUCCUGGCUGCAUUUGGUCGUUGUGUAAGUUGGGGUACUUCUGCGUUUUGUAAGCCAUCUGGCUCAGUAGCUGUUUUAGCAUGGAUGCUGGUAGCCACAGCUGUUUGUCUAGCUGCUUGACCCUUCUGCAUCCUCCUUUGGCAGCCCCAUUUGGAGAGUUUUCUUGGAGUUCUGAAGCUCUUCUUGGAGCACAAGGGGGAUAAGUAUGGUAAACCCACUGGAAUUUCCCCCCAGGUCCCUUGUGUCCAUUUCUGCUAAUUAGGUCUGAAGAAGGUCUGGAAGCUAUUGUGAACUGCUCCACCUCCUCCUCCUCCUCCUUCGGCAUGCUCUAGUCCUUACACAAGAUGUUUACAGGCCCUGUCAGAUCCCUACAUGAGGGAAUCUAAUCUGCCUGCUGUUCCCCUUCUGAAGAACAGCACAUCAAAGAAAUGGCAGCCUGUUUGAUGUGUCUGCUUGCCUCAGAGAAUGCACGUAAUGGAUUAGCAGCAGCUGGAGGAGGGGCCUGCUGGCUCCCAACUAUUGCAUACAAUCUCAUCUCUUGGGGCUAUGUGUGUGUCAUCUUUUGCAGAGGCUUGAUCAGGGAGACACAGUCUUGGGAUAUUAAUGCCCGGGCUAUCCAGAUUUAGAGGGGCGGCUCUUUUAGCUUGUCUAUCAGAUCCCUGCAUUCCUGUGUAGCCUUGCAUGUUAAACAUGUCGGGAGGAAUUCAGCAACAUGCUUUUACAAAUGUUCCAUCAGGACAUGCAUUUCUGCUUGUCCAAUGGAAUAAUCUCCCCUCUCUUCCUCUUCCCUGGGGGUUCCUCUGGGGGUUCUCCUGCCUCCCCCCCCCCCAGCGAAUUGGGAAGGUGCGAGGGGAGAGGGGAAAAGCCUUGUAGUUCUAAUGAAGGUCCUUGUAUAGGCUUCCGCUAGCAGUGCCAGUUAACUGAAUCCCAGCUUCAGACCUGACAUUUGCAGAGAACUGUCACCUGUACUGCUUUUGUAGCUUUUUAUUUUGGUUUUGAGGAAGUACCCACCAUGUCUUUGGUAUUCUGAAAAUAUCAUGUGGAAGUUAUUAGCGUAAGAAGAAAAUAACAGGAAAGUGGAGUAAGGCAACUUGAAAAGGAAGGACCUUAGUUUAGAAUGCUUCCUUUGCAAGGUACGGUUCAGGGAAACUGAGUAUGGAACAUCAAUCCAAAGAGUGUUGGAAACCUGUUAGAUAGAACUCCUGCUUUGAAAGCAAGAAAUGAUGUAGGAGACAAAUCUGCUGUAGGAUGUUUCUUGCCAGAAAUCCUCAACGAUGGCUAAACAUUGGAAUAGUUAGUAGUGACACAAGCAACUCCAAGGGUUCCACUAGCAGCAGGUUAUUUAAAGCAUCCUGAAGAAAAUUCUGCUGUGUGACCUUAUCCUUACUCACCUUUCUGAUUUGCACUGCUUCUAUAGAAUGAAAUUGAUUAUUACACAAAUGUCAUGCUCAGAGAGAAGGCUUUUUAGGAAUCCUGCAGCUCCUCUUCUGUGCUCACAGGUUUGUCAUUGGCAGGGUGCUCUUUUGAGCUUGACCUUGACAUUUACUGUUAAGAACUGUUAUUGUAGAACUGUCCUGAGUAAGUUCCAGUUUCCAAAGCCUGUAGUUUAGGCAUGUGUCAUUCUUCUCCUUUUCAGGAGCAUAGCUUCACAUCUGCCAACAUGAAACACGUUCUGCAUUGGAAAUAUUGGUUAGGUACCAGUCAACCCUUAAUGUUGGCAUGACGCUUUUUCUGUUUCACCAAAUGCUUACUGGUCAAACAGGAAAUGGUUUUCUCCAUUUGAGUGAACUGGGCUGCUGCACACUAUUCUUCCCCCACUGCUGGAAAAAAAUGUGGGUAGAAUUAUUUUGCUUUAACCAUGUAGCUGAACGGAGGGGAAAGACGGUGAGAGAGUUUGAAGAGACAUCUCUACAAAGAUUGGGAACUUCCUUAUAAAACCCACAUUUUGUUGGGUACUAAUGGGAGUCUACAAUAUAGUCCAUGAUGUGUCUUGUUGGCAGUUACUGUCUUCUUGGAGAAUGAACUACAGGUUAUUAUUUAGGACAUUUGCCAAUGACUUUAUAUAGGAGGUGUGAAUCUAAGAAGGUGUGCUAUUCUACUAAUUCCUGCCCACCCUUCCAAAAAGAAAACCUUCUUAAAAUCCAGUCCCACUAGGCUUAAAUCUUGUUGGUCCUUUCCUUUCAGCCUUUCAGUGCUAACCAUUCAUUUUGUGGUGCUGGUGAAUGUAACAUAGAAUGCCUUUGAGGCACUCUUAUUUUCCUGUCUCGACCAAGUAUUUUUGUUUGGUGCCUGAAAUCUCAUAAUUCUAAACUGAACUUGGGCACGACAGAUUCUGCUUCAGGAAAGAGCAACAUUCCUUCUUCCCUAGGCCUGAUUCAGUCCUAAACAGGAAUUGAGUUGGAGUUCGGAAUGAAGUCUUCUUGCUGGGUUUUGGAUAUACUUUUCUCUAUUCCUUCUGUAUAAAUUUGUUAGCAGCAAUAGCCUUCUUCCACAGGCAAGUAUCCUGUAGGCAGGGGUGCAAAGCAUAUUCACAAAUGCUGGGAGUACCUUUAGGCCUACUAAUUUGUCUUAGCCUUUAGCUCUAUCUACACCUUUUUUCUACAGCAGGGUUGCUAACCAACCAAAACACACACACACAUACACACACACACACACACACACACACACGGCCUUCCUUUCAAUAUCAGUUGCCUACAGCACACAGAAAUCAACAAAUGAAUGUUUUAAUAAUAUUUAUUUAGAACAUUUAUUAGCCACUCAGUCAACUAUGUCUUCUGGUGGUUCACACAGAGUUAAGACAAUAAACACUUAUGUAUUAAUUUAAAUAUUAAAGAAAAUAAUUUCCUGCCUAAAAAACAGAACAAACAUCAAAACAUCAUUUAAAACCUAAGCAGAAGUAAUCUGGACCAAUGUCAAAAAAAUGAACUUCUAAAAUGCCUGGGAGAAUAAAAAGGUGUUCAAUUUAUGCUGAAAGGACUUUAAUAUAGGUACCACCAGGCAAGCCUUAAUGAGGAGAGAAUUAAUAUACAGGGUACUACCACCACAAAGGUCCUCCCCUUAAUAUCAUGGAGAAAAACUUUAUCAGCUUCUAAUAUAUUCAGAUAACAAUCAAAAAAAGACAGUCACGGAACCCAGAAAUUAUACAAAACAAAAUAAAAUACCGUGAAAAUCCCUGAAACGAGAAGUAAUCAACUAGAAAUAAUAUCUUAUGGAAUUAAACUAAAUAACAAAAAUCCAAAAGUUUAAGAAAAAAUUAGAAAAACCUAGAAUUGAACAAAGCCUUAACGGGAUGCCGGCUACAAACCUCGUUUCACUGAACUAUUCAGUUUCCUCAGAAGGAGAUAGAGAAAUCAUAAACCUUAAAUGAUUUUAAACAAACUCAAGAAGAGGGCUGAAACGCUCCUUUGGUCUAGAUGUUACUGCUGAGUCGCAGAAGCGUCGCUCUAGUUGCGGACUUUGCAGGGUGCGAACGGCACCCCGGAACGGAUUGUGUCCGCAACUAGAGGUACCACUGUACCCAUAGCCACAGCAAUACACCCCUAUUUGAACAGUGAAAAAUCCAGAGAUUAUGAAACCACCAGAUUCAUUAAAAUGCACCCAGACAUCAGCAUAACAUUCUCCAACACUACCGUAGUGCCUGCUGCAAUGUCCUUCCUCCAUUCUGCGUCCUUGAUGUCUCCUUCCGUCUUUCUCUUUCCUUUCCAUCCUCCUCCUGCCUCCCCCAUUUUUGUAAAUUUCUUUCUUUGGCCCUUUCAUUUCCUAAGGGAAACAUAAACUGCACUGUGGCAGCCAUAGAGUGGUUUCAACUAGCUCCUCUCUCUUUGCAAAAACUGAGGGAGGUUAUCUAGAGGAGACUUGUGUGUAGGCACACAGCUGACCUCUGAAGCCUUACAAGUUUCCUUUCUUUCUUUCUUUUGUAUCUAAUUUUUAUUAGUUUUCUUUUCUAAGAACAAGUAUCAAAAUCAUUUCCAAACAUACAUUCUACAUUCCCCCCUCCCAUUGACUUCCUUCAGCUUCCCCCUCUGGCUUGUUACAUUACAGUGGUGCCUCGCAAGACGAAAUUAAUUCGUUCCGCGAGUUUUGUCGUCUUGCGGUUUUUUUCCGUCUCACGAAGCACGGUGUCGGGAAAGUUUUGGAAAAGCUUCAAAAAUCACCAAAGUCUUUAAAAACCUCAAAAAAGGCUACCACACCGCGUUCUAUGAGUUGCUCCUGGAAGUCAAGUCGCAACUGUAUUAACGGUGUUAAGAAAAGGAAACAAACUUGCAAGACGUUUCCGUCUUGCGAAGCAAGCCCAUAGCGAAAAUCGUCUUGCGAAGCAGCUCAAAAAACAAAAAACCCUUUCGUCUAGCGAGUUUUUUGUCUUGCGAGGCAUUCGUCUUGCGAGGUACCACUGUAAAUGAUAAAAUUUGCUAUUCCUUAUCUGUCAAAAUGUUAUUACAAUGUUAUUCCUCAUGCAUUUUGUUAAGUAAAGUUGUGAAUGUUUAUUCAAAUCCUGCUACCGAGUCCAUUUCUUUCAGUUGUUUCUUCAGAUAGUUUAUGAAAGGUUCCCAUUCUUUUUCUAAAUCACUAUUGUCUUUUUCAUGUAGCUUAUCCGCUAGCUUUGCUAAUUCCACGUAGUUCAUCAAUUUUUCCUGCCAUUGUGCUUUCGAAGGUAUUUCUCCAGUAUUCCAGUUUUGUGCUAUUAGGAUUCUUGCUGCUGUUGUCGCGUACAUGAAUAUUUUCCAUUUCUCUUUUGGCAGUCCUUGAUCAGAAAUACCUAGUAAAAACGCUUCUGGUUUUUUAGCAAACGUCAUUUUUUCAGUUCAUUAUGUAUCAUCUCCCAAUUUUUUUUGAUAUUACUACAUUCCCACCACAUAUGAUAAAAGGCACCCUCCUUAUUUUGGAUUCGGAGGAGUUUGGAUUUGAUAUCCCGCUUUACCCUAAGGAGUCUCAAAGCGGCUAACAUUCUCCUUUCCCUUCCUCCCCCACAACAAACACUCUGUGAGGUGAGUGGGGCUGAGAGACUUCAAAGAAAUGUGACUAGCCCAAGCUCACCCAGCAGCUGCAUGUGGAGGAGCGGGGAAGCGAACCCGGUUCACCAGAUUACGAGUCUACCGCUCUUAACCACUGCACCACACUGGCUCUCUUGUGUGCAGAGCCACUCUUUUCUUUCUUUCUUUCUUUCUGGCUUGAACUCAAGUGGGGCUGCAAAGGAAGAUCCCCACCGAAGGCAGGGUUUGCAGACACCGCCAGUCAGCUGCAAGCUCCGCUUUCAGUAGGGGUCAGCUCAAAUUGAGUUGAGCGAAUCCCAAUAGGACUUGCAUUGAGCACCAAAUUUAAAAGGCACUGAAUACAAGUCCCAUUUGCCAAGGAACAAUAGGCAGUGCACAUUAAGGCUCCCAAUGUGUUCCUCCAGGUAUUUGCCUGUCCAGCACCUGAUGUCAGGUGUGUGGCCCGAGGGAAACUGUCUUUUGGGCCAGAUUAGGAAGCGGGUGGUGCUGUGGGUUAAACCACAGAGCCUAGCACUUGCCGAUCAGAAGGUUGGCGGUUCGAAUCCCCGCGACAGGGUGAGCUCCCGUUCCUCGGUCCCUGCUCCUGCCAACCUAGCAAUUUGAAAGCAUGUCACAGUACAAGUAGAUAAAUAGGUACCGCUCUGGUGGGAAGGUAAACGGCGUUUCCGUGCGCUGCUCUGGUUCGCCAGAAGCGCUUAGUCAUGCUGGCCACAUGACCCGGAAGCUGUAUGCUGGCUCCCUCAGCCAAUAAAGCGAGAUGAGCGCCACAAUCCCAGAGUCGGUCAAGGACCUAAUGGGCAAGGGUCCUUUACCUUUAGGACCCAACACUUGAAGACCAACCUGAAUUGGACUUUUUUGCAAACUGAGUCAGGCUGUGUGCCGCGUUUUAAGAGUCAUUCCCUGAUGCUGUGUAAUACAGUUGGUUUCAGUACGACUCUUUUCUGAAGCAAACCUCCCCCCCCAAAAAAAGAAAAACUUGAGAGAAAAUAGUGGUUUGCAAAUUGAGCAUUAAUACUGAUAGAUGUAGACUGGGCUUGGAAUAUCCACAUCCAUAGGAUAUUUGGAUUGGGACAGACUUGGAAAAUCUCACAAGAUAUAUAUCUAUGUAUAUUGGAUUUGGGUCAGACAGGUUGCUUUUCCAAUGGGCUUGAAGCCAGCAUAGAAUUAUCUUAAUAGGGCAUGCCCGCUUUCCCUUUCCCUUGCAGGGUAUACGUGGAGCAGCCCUGUGAGACCUCCCCCGUCUGUAUUUACAUGCGAGAUGAGGUAAGUCAACAAACCCUCUUCUCAGCCAUCCCCCUUCAUCUGCCACUGAAAAUAACAAAAUAUACCCUGCACAGCUUUCCAGCCUGGAAAAUGUGUUCCAUCUCUGGGCUUGCUGAAGAAGGGAAAUGGAAGAGCUUUGGUCUCUUCAAAGCUUGACGUGUUUGUGUGGGGGAGAAAAAAAACCCUCUGCUGGAACAUAAUCACGGGUCGCUCGGCACAAGCCUCUGAGCCCGUAAAACAUUCUCAAUGACCUGUCUGUGUGUUUUUUUAAGUUCUUUUAAAGCUCAAGAGUCACAACAGUGGUUUCAUUUUAAUAAAUAUUUGCUUUUUCCAUGUUUUGAUCUCUGCAGCAUUUUUGUUUUUGUUUAAUACUUUAUAUGUCAGCAUUCUGGAGGCUCCCCCUCCCCCAAAUAAAUAAACAAUAUCCCUCCCCUGGGUCUGCAUAGAUCACCCGUAUGCUGAGACUAAGAGGGGACUGAUAUUGAUUCUGCCAUCUUGCAAGGCCACAGGGUGGUUGUUUGCCCUUGCAGGGUGGGUGGCGGAGGCAGUUGAUUUUUUCUGAACUUCCUUCUGGAUGAGAAGUUGCCCCCUUGAACAUGAAUUUGGGAAGUUGUUUAAUACCAAGCCAGAACAGUAGUUCAUUCAACCCAGAUUUGUCUCCUCUGACUGGCAGUGGCAUCCAAUGCCUCAAGCAACACCUGCCUUUCUGAAUCUUACGACCCAAGAAUCCUUUCUUUCAAGGGUAGGAAAGCUGUGGCCCUCCAGAUGUUGCUGCACUCCCAUCAUCUCUGUCGGCCAUGCUGGCUGGGGCAACAUCUGGUCAUGGGUUCCCCAUCCCUCUUCAACUGGAGAUGCCAAGAACUGGACAUGGGACCUUUUAUGCCUGCAAAGCUUCCCUGACUCCACACUCAACACAUUUAAAAUAGCAUAAAGCUGCUUACAAGUACGACAGAAAGAGUAUGUGAGGUAACCCUCAAAUUAUUCCUCGGUGUCAGUUCUGAGCGUUGAGCCUCUUCAUAACUGAGAAGCGUGUCUGCCUUCAUCUCUUUUGCAGGUAACUGGGAAAACUGCUUUGGAGAAGACAAGUCUGAAGUCACUUGGUCUGACAGGAGGCAAUGCUAUCAUCAGGUUGGGAGAAAGAACAAACUGUCUUCCCUAUUAGUGCUCUUUGCUUCCCUCUUUAUUUUUUAUUUUUUUGCAUAAGGGAUGCAUUUAAGGAAAUGUCCAGAGACCAAUAUUUGUGGUACUUGAUAAUGAUUGGAUUUUCCUUUUUAGGAAACAGCUGCUAAGAUAUACUUUCUGUAGCUGCAGCUGCUGCCACUUACCCCCCAAUUUUGCUGGGAGGAAUUUCUUCAUAAUGGCUUGUCUGCUUCACUCAGGAGGAAGCACUGUGAAACUCUGAGCAGAACCUUUAACUGCUUCUAGCAGACCAUAUAUCCAUGUUUUGCAGCAUUCCAAUUGACUGGAAAAGUUUGCCUUCACUGGUUCCAGAAUACAUUCUCCUGCACCAGGAAAUUGGUCACCUGGUGCCCUCCAGAUGUGGUUGAGCUCCAAUUCCCAUCAGCCCCAGCCAGCAGUGCCAGUGGUCAGGGAUGGUGGGAGAUGUGGUCUCUAAAACAUCUGGUUCCCAAUCACUGACUUAUACACCCCUCCCUAUAAAUUGAGAUAAGCAAGAGAGGACUAGCUUCACAUGAGAUGAGAUUGGUAAGGAUGUAGGGCAGGGCUUUCUUAACACCAGUAGCCAUAUUGUACAUCCCCGUGAGUUUUUCCUGGCUCUCUUGCUUUUUUCCUUUUGCCGGCAGUGAAAAACUUAGUCUUCCCAUCUUGCUGAUUGCUGAUGUACUUUUUAACAUGAAUCUGAAGUUGUUCAUUUUGAGUUUGCUGUCUUUUAGCUCUUAAAACAUACAACACUAUUUGUGAACCCUGAAAUAACUAAUUUGGGGGUUAGUGGUGGUGGCGGCAUUUCUGCCUCUUCCAUGCGGCUUCAGGUGUUGGAGAAUGCAACACCUGAGUAUCUGAAAUUAAAAUUUCAGGCAUGAUACUCAAACCCUUGAUUAGGUCUUCCAGUGUUUACCUUAGUCACACACUCCUUAGCCUGGGACAUGUGGCGUUGCUCCUUUCUCAUUAUCGUUCUGCGAGCCACUUCAUCAUUAAAGGAAAAGACUGAUUCUAGCUUUCCUGCAGUGGGCUGACCACAUAGUUUCUGUAGGGGAGUGAUGUUUUUCCUGUGUAUGUGUGUACAUACUUAUGUCUCCUGACCUACUUUCUGGACUGCAAGAUAGGGAUACAGUGGUACCUCGGUUAAGUACUUAAUUCAUUCUGGAGGUCCGUUCUUAACCUGAAACUGUUCUUAACCUGAAGCACCACUUUAGCUAAUGGGGCCUCCUGCUGCCGCCACGCCGCCAGAGCACGAUUUCUGUUCUCAUCCUGAAGCAAAGUUCUUAACCUGAGGUACUAUUUCUGGGUUAGCAGAGUCUGUAACCUGAAGCGUAUGUAACCUGAAGCGUAUGUAACCCUAGGUACCACUGUACUCUUGUUAAUUAAUAAAUCUGUAUGUUGUGAUUUAGGGACGCGGGUGGCGCUGUGGGUUAAACCACAGAGCCUAGGACUUGCGGAUCAGAAGGUCGGCAGUUCAAAUCCCCGCGACGGGGUGAGCUCCCGUUGCUCGGUCCCUUCUCCUGCCAACCUAGCAGUUCGAAAGUACGUCAAAGUGCAAGCAGAUAAAUAGGUACUGCUCCGGCGGGAAGGUAAACAGCGUUUCUGUGUGCUGCUCUGGUUCGCCAGAAGCGGCUUAGUCAUGCUGGCCACAUGACCCGGAAGCUGUACGCCAGCUCCCUCGGCCAAUAAAGCGAGAUGAGCGCUGCAACCCCAGAGUCGGUCACGACUGGACCUAAUGGUUUUACCUUUAUGUUGUGAUUUGUAUUCUGUUAGUUCAGGUCACUUUUAUUAGCCAUAGGCUCUGACUCGUUUCCCCCUUUGUCCAUUAUGCAACUGAUCAAAAUGGUGGGAUAGUGUGUAGGGCUGGUCUCUUUUUCUAUAAGAGGUGCAGUGAACUUGGAUUGUGAUCUGCAACUUUUUAACCUACUCCUUAUCGUCCCAAAGUUGGAGCCCCUGGGACAAAAUGCCCGCUUUUGUUCAUGUAAAGAGUGGCAUUUAUUUUUAGGCAUUGCUUCUGUGGAGUGUUAUGUGCCCAGAUUUUUCGAAGUUGUUGUUUGUUCCUUUCUUGAGGAAAUGACUUGGGGAACUUGUUUAGCCUGAGCUGUUUGUGAAUAAGAAAAAAGUCAACAUUUCCACUGUCAGCGACUGCUUCACUCUUUCCCUUUAUGUCUAGGGUGGUCAAAAAGAAGUCCACCACCUCUGGCCAUGCAGAAGCUGGAAGUGGUGAAUAUCCUCCUAAAGAUCUGACAGCAAGGUCACCUUCCAGCGAAGAGCCAACGGGUCUGCCUGUGCCACAUACAGCUGCCUCCCCAGCAAGCUCAACCUGCAGCGAUGAGGCUGUGUUUGCCAGCAAUAGCACCGAUAAGCAGGACAGGAGUGCAGAAUCUCAGAGCAGCUCAGUGACCUGCCAUUCUCCUUCGAUGCCUUCCCCAUUUGUCCCUUUUGUAGGUGGUGGCCAACGUCUGAGUGGUGGCUCUUCUGUAUUGGAUGUGCCAUCGCCAAACCUAUCAACAGCUCUAUCCAGUUCUGGAGGGCCUUCCAAGCCAAAGAAGCUAAAAAACAGUCCAGAAAAGCUAAAGGAACAAAAAGAGGUAGUAGUCUGGCUUUCUUACAGUGUUCUGGGGAGGCGGGGUUUUCUCUUUGCUUGUCCUCCUUUAGCACUGACUUUUGAAGAGAUGGAGGAAGCUUGUUAGAGUUCCACUCCCGUAAUCCUACAGUAAACCUCUGGCCUACAACCUCUGAUGUUGAUGAACAUCACAUAGUUUGGGCAGAGUUUGAUCUUCGGCCUGCUUGACCUGAUGUAUUAAGAGUUAAAGUGGAAGAAGUUGGUGGGAAAGCGGGAAUUUAUAGCCCUUAUCUGGUGCAUUUGAAAUCCAAGUUGUUAGGAACCAGUGAAGUUAGGUGAAAGUGACAGGGCUGAGUCAAAAGUGCAGCACAGAUCUUAGGGAUUUGCUGUGCAGACUGAAGGAUUAAGCACAGAAACUGAACUGUACAUUCACAACCAGUGGCAGAAGACUAUGAAGCUAGUUGCACUCUUCUGCUGAAACUGGAAUGGAUCUUGAUUUACUAAAGCUUCCUCUGGUGUUGUCUCCUGUUCUCUGAAUGGAUUCCAUAGUUGAGAGGUUCUUUGACUUCCUUAACUCAGCAGGACUUCCGCUGCUUCACAGCUUUUCUAGCAUCCGAAUGCAUCAGGAGGGGGAAGUAACCGUGAGAUCUUAUAGGGGUUGUCCUCCAGAAAUGAGAGUCGAGUUGUAGCGACUGCUAUUAUCCUCUGGUUUACUAUAGUUUAAUUGGACUUUGCUACAUUUUUCUUCUGAGACCUUCCUGUUGUGGAAUUCCUGAAGUUUUGGUCUCUUGUGACCCUUUUGACUGAGCUAGCCAAGAGAGAUGAGUAAAGAAAAUGAUAAGGAACAGUAAGUGAAAUAAAAGUGAAAUUUUAGGGAAAUUGAGCCAAUCCUUCCCCCUGCCCCAGUCUAGGCAUAACUUUCUGAUGUGCUCAGGAUAUAAUUUGCCCUCGGUCUUUUCCCCUGUGUAGCUUCUGAUACAGAGAGCAAACGUUUCCCUGGCAAGGUGAUGCAUACCUAUGAGCACUCAUAACUGUGUGGUCCUUUGUGACCUCUGGUUCUUGAGUGUGUCACUGAAUGCUGCCCUGCCUUGCUGGCAUCCGGGACUAGAAAAGGACCAUGAUUUAAUUCUUGAGGAUGCAGCUGAAGGGUUGGCUGGUUUUGUUCAGUUCUGAUACUUGGAUUGAGGCCAGCCUUAACUCUUCUUUACAAGGUUUUGCCUGUAGCUAAGGAAACCUCCUGUCCAACAACCUAGACACCCUUAACAAACUCGUGUAACGGUACGUUUUUAGAGGAAAUUCUUAGUUCACAAAGCAACGUUCUGCAAUCAGAUGCUUGGUGUCCUUAUAUUCCCAUAAGCAAAAUAAGAACAACUUUGUAAGCGAGUAAUAUUUGAACAGAUUCAACAUUAAUAGGGAUGUGAAGCUAAUUUCUCCCCUAGACAUCUCGAGUAACGAUUACGUGUUAGGCAAACUUGCCAUUAAAAAUGCACGAAAUGGAUGGCUGCCAAAGACCUGAGGUCCUUAUAUUCAUGUGACAACAAAUCUGUGGGUCACCAUGCAUACCAAGUAAAUUGGUCUUGUGGAUCAACAUGCCAAAAAGGUUGGAAAGCAGGGCCGAUGGAGCGGUGUCUCGGGAGCAGCUGCAGGUUCUGUUGGAGGCUUCCCUCCCUCAUGCUAAACAGCGUGCGACUCUGACGGCUGCUUUCAGGCCCUUUGAUCUCGGGUGCCUUUGCCGCUGAUUGAUUACGUUGCGCUCCCUCCUCCAUUCCUUCCAUUCCCUUGCCUUGCUCUCAUCAGCAGCUCCAGAAUGGGGCUGGCCGCAUGGCAUCUGCUUUUUGUCCCUUUUCAGUCCAGAGGGGGAAGAAGAAAAAAACCCCAAAACAAAACAAAUUAUUUUUAAACAUCAAAGGUCCAUUUUAGCAAAAGAAUCUUCCCAUUAAUGUUGUGCCUGUGUGUGGUUUUUUGGAUUUGAUGGAAGAGGCUGGAUAAAAUCUGUGCCGGCGUCCCUCCACUUCUGGGCUGGGGAUGGUUUACAGACCAGCCAUACUUUGAUGUCAAAACAUUAAUUAUUAGAAGGUAGCUUAGCUCCAAAUUCCCCUAGAGAUCAGAGACUUCUGCAGUGUGGGAGAGGAGCUGGUUUUGCCCCACCACCUUGCUUUAACGUCACAGCAAUCCCUGCCACCCUUCUGACUGUGGACCGCAGUAAUAUGUAGGAGUGUAAAGGGUUGGUUUGAGUGACAAGGCCAAAGCACUGAGCUAAUGGAUGGCCUGUUAUACUGUUGGCAAAGGAUCUCUUGAGAGUUUUGGUUUGGAAAUGCGUACUGAAGAGAGUGAACGAGGGCUAGUAGUUUCACAUUUAUUACUCCCUUAAGUCCUUUUUGCAGCGGUUUCCAGAAUUGAAGAAUCAUCUCAGACAAAAUGACCACUGAAGAACUCUUGUCAUGCAACCUGCAUGCGAGCAUCAUAGCUAGUUCUUGACAUCCUUCUCUGAAGGCUAUGAUCAGACCAUGGAGCCCCUCCAGGCAUUGGCUGAUGAUGGUGUUGAGAGUUGAGGUGCUGCCCAUCAGCCCCUCUGUUACAACUGUACACCCAAAGCUGAAAGUUGACGCGGUAAAUUACAUCAUAUUGAAGAUCUGCUGGAAGGGCUUGGUAUUCAAAAAGUCCUGUUCCCUUUGUCUCCAUUUUUGGCAGCCCUCCCUAGCCACACUGGAAGUUGCCAAUGUCCUGGGUUUGUUUAAUAGUCUGUAGAGAGGAAUGUGUUGCAUUGUUUCUGUCCUCAAGUCAAUUACUUGUUUCUAGACAGAGCCCUUCUGGGAUUUGCUUCAGUUAUUGAGCAGUCAGUGCUGCUGAGAGAAGAGACAAAUGUUGACAGUUCAGAUUAUGGAAGAAUUUUAUACCAAGCAAGUUGUAUUGAGUUGGUGGGAAAGACCUGAAGAUCUUAAAGCAGGCAUAGAGAACCUCUGGCCUGCAGACCUAAUCUGACCCACCAGCCCCCAGUGCUCUCCCUACACGCCUACCCCCCCCCCCCCAGUUGUUCUGUUCUGCCGAGAGCUGGCAAGGCCAAGAAAAGAGCAAAAAUGUGUCUCCCAGGGAAUCAUCAGACUUUGUUUCGUGCUGCCAUGGGAGAAUGAUAUUGGAGUGAUGGAGAAGUUAGUGUGCCAGGCUUAAAGAGUUCUUCCAUCUUGAAGUAGAGCAUAAAAGCACAGCUUUAAAUGGGCAUUAAAGGAUGGAAGAAGAACUGUGAUAAGAGGGAUGUGACACUUGUGAAAUGUCCCAUUAUAUUAUCCCAAAUGAACCUUGACUUUAAGCCUGCCUUUUUAACCUUGGGUACCCAGAUGUUGUUGGACUAAAACUCCCAACAUUCCUAGCUAGCAGGACCAGUAGUUAGGGAUGAUAGGAGUUGUAGUCCGACAACUUAUGGAGACCUAAGGUUGAGAGAGGCUGCUGUACCUUGUGCGAUCUUGUAAUCGGUGCAAUAAUUUGGUGCUCUCGGAUUAAGCCAGGAAUUUCUGCCAGUAUGCUAGCUGGCUCUUGAUUCUGGGCUCUCUUCUUCACAUAGGGAAUCUGUGGUGUGGGAGUUAAUUUUUCCUCCAGACUUUGCUAGGAGUAGUAGCUGUCUUUGCGCCACACACACACACACACACACACACACACACACAAACACACACCAGUUUUUGAUUGGAUCUUUCCAGUGUAUAGGUUAGAGGUGUGGAAAUAGGACCGUAGGUUUUAGAUGGGGUGUCAAAGGACCCUUUUACAUCACUCUAUAGUAAAUUGCUCCUAGCGGCUGUCCCAGACUGUCAGUACAAGGCGGUUGCUUAUCCCAUUCUGCUUCUUCUGCCAGUCCCUAAACAACCAGCGUAAGGCGACAGUAGUCUUUGAAAGAGGACAGAUUGGCAGCUCACGGGUACUUCUUGUGCUUUCUGCCCAGAGAAAGCUACAAUCAGGCUCCUUCACCCUCUAGUUAGACCCAACUCUCUUCAACUUUCUAAAAGUAGCUGAGGGUCCCACCCACGCAACCUCACUCUUUUAACUUCCCAAAUUACCCUCUGGUGCCCACAAAUAGAGAAAAUCUUGCCUUGUAAUUUGUGUUGUCUCUACUGACAAUUGAGAGAGACUCCUUCUAUUCCCAGAGGGCUUGUUCGGGGUGGGAGGGGGUGAUGCUGCAAAGAAGUGAGAAUAAGAUAGGACAGUAGAUGGCCAGGGAUGUGUGGGUGGGAAAGAGGGCACAGACAGGGAUGUGCUAGAGACAUUAAGCGUGGGGGGUAUGGGCGAUUAUAAAUAGGAACGUCCCAAGUUCACAGAGUCUGGGGCCAGGCUAAGCAGAUCAUUGAUGGUCAAGGAUGCUGGUCUUCAAAGCAGCCUAUUAACAAUACAGACCAAGUGGUGCCAUCAUUUUUUAGCUCUGGAUUUACAGAGUGUCAGCCAAUAGCUCUGCAGUGCAGCACCUUCUCUUUUCUGUCAGAACUAGCAGGACUAUUUGCCAACUGAAUGGAAUCUUAUGCAUGCAUGGAGGGGAAACUGAAAAGGGAGACUAUAUCAGCAGUGGCAACAAAGCCUCUUCCCCUCCAUCCUUCACAAAGUUGCCUGUUUAAAUCUCUAAUCUGUAGGAAUUCUGAUGUAGAUUGGUACUUGCAGAUGCAGGUUAUUCCAGUGUGUGGGGUGCAGCUGAUAACCAGCUCCCACAAGCCCCAGGUCUUUCUGCUUCCAGUUGAAUAUAUAGCGUGGUAUCAAUGUCAAGCUCACUGUUCAGUAGUUGUAUAGCCUUAAUGCUUCUGCUCUAUAUAAUCUGCUAUAAACCACCAGUGCUGGCUUCAGUAAAAUCUGUCUCUUGUUCAUGCUUGUCACUUCUGCAUAACUAUUUCCGAGUUACUUCAGUCUCCCCAAAACUGAUGGAGGCUUUCCAUAGCAAUCUUGACUGAGUCAGUUCUCCAUAGGCAACAUACCUGAUGUGGACACGGAGGAGUGGCAGCAGCUUUCAGGCUAUAUAAAGCAUGCAGAGAUUGCUACUUACCAGAUUAAUUCUGAAGCUCAGAAGGGCACAUUUUGUAUCAUCUCUGAUUUUCACAGUGGAGGAUCACUUGCUUGUAAACCAUCCCAAUAAACAGCAGAACCUGCUUGAUUAUGCAAACCUGUUGCAUGAAAAAGCUCAGUUGGAAGCCUUCUUUUCAGUGUGCAAGCUGUGCACAUUUGAGAAGAUUUUGGCAUUGUGUUUAAGCGAGAAUUCUGAGGUGGUGCACUUCCAUGUGUUCUGUGCCUUGUGCCCUUAUUAAAGCUUAUAUUAUUAUGUGUCAACUAAGAAAGUUUGCCCCAUCCCAUUUUCACAUGUCGGUCCUAUUGUCGUGCAGGUUUUUAAAACUGAUUUCAUUUAAAUAAUCAUUUGGGGAAAAUGAAAUCAAAUAACCUUUAAUUUUUUAAAAAUUACAUAGAUUCAGCUGUACUAUUUAUGAGUUCUUUCUUUCUUUCUUUCUUUCUUUCUUUCUUUCUUUCUACAGUAUGGCUCCUAGCAGCUUUAGUUCAAAGCACAGCUGCUCUGCUGCCCUGGAUAAAAAUGCUUUAAAAUGCUGCAGAAAGAGGCUUUUUGCCCACUGCUUCCUGUGUAAUUGUGUAGGCACAAAGGGACCUUGUACAGUAAAAAAGAUGGCUACCCCAACAGCACAUGGAGGCUUCCAUAUUUUUUUCCAUACAAUGUCCCUUUGUUUGUUCCUUUGUGUGCAAACCACUUACCACAGCAUUUUAAAAGCACCUUUACCCAGUGCUCUACUUUGAAGCUGUUCUUAGCGGCUUCACAGUGGGAAGGAAGGAAGGAAAGCAGUCUUCAGACCAUCUUGUAAGUGGAAUGAGUGAACUGUGUUUCAAAAAGGUUUGUACAUCUACAGGUACAGGAGUACUUGUUUAUAGGGUAUGAACCAAGGGAGCUAACCUCACAUUGCAGAGCAGAUAAAAUCCUUCCCCAUUUCUAUUUUAAGACCAGGAAAGAGAUUCACACGGGGAAUGAUUAAGCUGAAAGUUACUGUAAUUCUGAAGCCUUUUUGUAGUUAAGCAAAUGCUUUUGGGCAGGAUUUUCUGGACACCCCCAAAAGGCACAAUUGUACAUAUGCAAAUGUGCUCAGCUGAUUCCAUGCCUUCUUGGAUCCAGUCAUCUGAAUCCAGUUCCUAUAUUCUUUACAGCAUCUGGAGCGAGAGCCAAUUUUGUGCCAUCCAGAUCUACAGAAGCCACUGAAUUUUGGCUCACAGGAACUUCCAGAUGAGUUCUUUGAGGUGACUGUAGAUGAUGUGAGGAAACGUUUGUCUCAGCUCCAGAAUGAGAGGUAAGUUUCUUUUUCAUUGGUGAUGCAGUCACUUCAUCUGUAGUAUGUUGUGGAUGGCCACUGACAACAACGGAAUUUUCACCAUCUGUAUUUUCUACAUUUCACUUCCUUCUGACCUUACAAUUUAUAGUUCUCUCCACCAUAUGUGUGUGAAUAUUCCUAUAAUUUAGGAUUAUACUUCAGGUAUCUGGUGAAGUGGACUAUAGCCCAUAAAAGCUUUUGGCAUAAUACAUUUGCUAAUCUUUAAGUGGCCACAAGUGUCUUUCUUAUUUUUCCUGCAAUAGACUAACACAGCUAAUUCUACCUAUAGGCUGUUUCAAAAUCUUGCUGACACAAAGCAUAUCACAGUAUGGGUCUGCAUUGGCCUAAUAUCUGGGAGAAUUACAUGCUGUUAUAAUUUCACCCACGUUCUUUGAGAUUUUGAAUCUUUCUCAUAGUUUCCCAUAUAAUCAAGUACGUUCACCUGUCCCGGAUGGUGUUUUAAUAUAUUUCCCUAAGAGCUCAGGAAAUUAGCAUAAAAUCAGACACCACUCAGCAUGAUGCUUAGAAGAAUUAAAGUACAGUAUUCUGAAUUUAGUGGGUGUACUUCCAAGUUAGUGUGAAGCUGUAAUAUGAUAAAGAAACUAUUUCAUUGAAAUUGGAUAGGGAAGGGUUUUUUUGUUUUUUUGCUCAAAUUACAGGCAUGGGAAAUGUGUCUUCUAAGCGAAAGGGGGGAAACAUUAAUUUCUUUGUGAGUGUUGAGAUCAGGUUGUAGUAGUUAUUCCAGGCACACACCUCUGUUCUAAGGAGCUGACAAAUACAGUUGCCUCCUGCAAGGCUGAAGGUUUAUCUAGGCUGCUAUUUUCCUAGUUGAUGUUUCAGUUUCGUAAGCCUUAUUGCUUUCCAGUACCUCCAGCCAGUGUGUCUAGGUCACAGAGUUGUUUAGAAAUCUUGAUACACUUUAUGUCAUCUACUAGAUGCCUCUGUUAUAAACACUGGAAAAAAGAUAGACGACUGGACAGCAAAGCUCAUGAUUUCUUUGUUUAUAUAUUGGCAAUCCCAUUUAGUUCCCUUUGAUCACAAUGCAAGUCAUCAGGUGCUAAGCCAAAAAGUAAAUCCAUGUCGGAAUUCUAUUUCCUCACAUUUUUACACUGUGGCAAUAUUUUCCAGUUUAAAACUGAAAUUUUCAUCUGCUGUGGCAAUGAAAUGGGAUUAUACAAGACACAGGAACAAAAGAGAUUACACCAAUUGUGGAUCAGGCAAUAUAAACAAGAGGAGGGAUGAGCCCGGUGCCAACUUUAUUUUUGUGUUCUUCCACAAACUUCUAGGGGGACCUAGAUGGAUUCUACAUUUCCCCAUCCCUUGACAGUUGCCUUGCCACUCCUGAAUAAUAUUUGGGAUAAACAUAAGCAUGUGUAGUUGUCACAUUACUAAUAUACUCCCCAGUACUGUUGCGCAUUUAUAACAUAGGCUGUCAUUAGAUCUCACUGAUACUGUACUUGGAUUUUGGAAGGAAAAAACUAAAUCUGAAGACAAGGAGGUAAACUUUACUGACCAUUGCAAAGAUAACAGAUUACCCCAUUUUAGAAAUUGGAACAAAGCCUGCAUGUGAAUUAGUCUUUAUACAGAGUGUGCAACAAUGUGGGGGUCACAAAGCAGACAAAUGGUGUUAACACAAGUGAAGGUAGUCUGGAUUGUGAUACUUUUCAAUACAUGUUUUUCAUGAUCCCCCCCCCCCCAAAAAACCCAUUUAGAUGGAAGGACUAAUGCACAAAUGGAAGGAUUAGCUUGAUCUUUCCGUAAGCUUGUGAAUAUUUGUAUGGUUUCACUGGAGGUUUUUCUUUGAAGCUUUCAAAAGUUUUUUUUUUUAAAAAAUAGUUGAAGAAAGUGAAGGAGUAAAGUAAUUUAAAUGAAAAGUGCUGUGUCAUCUCUUAAAGUAAACAAUUAAACUGUGGAGCUGUGAAAUCUGUGGAAGAACACCUCUGAGCUGUAUCUGCAGUUUUGUUUUUAAACUUCUCUGAUUACAGUAUAUCCUUUACCGCUCAUCAGUCUUGGUGAAUCAACAUUUUGAAUUAAAUGUCAAAUGAAUCAAACUUCCCUCUUUAACUUCCAAUCAUUCCUUUGGUAUUGUGGUAUGGCAUUUGUUGCACCAUAGGGAAGGCUGAAUUGAGCUUUCUGUUUAAGGCUGAAGCUUCUUGAAGACUGUACAGUCUGUCCCUGUACCUCCCCAUGAUUUUAGAAUAGUUGGAAAUUGCACAGGGGUUACCUGUGUGAGGAGUUUUCAAAAUACGAGCACACAUAUUGCAUAGUUUCAGUUUAUAUGCUUGUCACAACUUCUUUUGUACACCACAAGGGGGAAAUGUGGCAAGGCUGUUACCAGCAGACUUUUUUCUAAACUAAGUAAAAAUUACAAAAUGCAUUAUUUCAGACAUUAAUCUUAAAUUGUUAUAAAUGUAUAGUGCUGGUGCAAACAUUUGAACAUAACCAAAAAUGUUCAGCCACUUUCAAAUAUGUUUGAGAUUUGUUUGGUUAAAAUGAUUUUGCUGCAGAGUUUCUCAGAUCUGCCUCUUUUGCAAUCAUGUUUUGGGAGUAUGUAGUAGUGCUUUGUUUUAGACAAACAUACACAGAGGUAGAGAGCAGGAAGGAGAAUGUAUGGAGCUUAAGCAGAUAAGAUAGUUACUAGAUUGUGUGGAGCGGCAGCCCCUGGCUGUAUAGAUCUGUGACUAUACUGGCUUGCUAAGCUUCCCCUCUUCCUAGGAAGCGUUUGGAAGAAUCUCCCUUGAUGACACGAGCACAGCGAGAAACUCAGCUGAAGGACAAGCUUGAGCGCUAUCCAAAGGUAAUAUUUUGUUUUGGGUCUUUCACAAAGUGGGGAACAGAAAGUUAGUUAGUGGAUGGUAAAUUCUCAGGUACCGACUUCAGGUUGCUGGCAUCAUUGAACCAUCUUCUGUUACAUUCUGGGACAACCAAAUGAAUGGCAGACAGGGCUAGCUGGUUAUAGCGGUGCCCUUAGCAGGAUUCUUAUACCUGAAGGUUUGAUGGGAAUCCUGCCUGUUCUGCUCCCCUGGUUCUUUGCCCCAUUUCUUUCCUUUAAUUUGAGAUCAGUAGCUCUCUUGGAACAGUGGUAGAGCCCAGAAUGAAGCUAUAAUAGUAUUUAGCAUUUAUAUACUGCGUUAAGUGUGCUGAAAAUUUGCUAAGGUGUCAUAAUUAGUAUUUCCAUAUUUCAGAAGGUUGCCGGGGGGUGGGGGCUGAGUCUGAAAGAGAACGCCUUGCCUAAGGUCACCAAGUGAGUUAAUAUCAGAGGUAAGAUCUGAACUGGGAGCAUCCUGAUUCAUAACUCAGUCUUAGCUAGCGUGCUACCCAACUAUUCAUUGUUGUUCCUGACAACUUCUUGUUGGUGUGGGUUUCUAAAACAGCCCUUUCAAGUAUCUUGAAAGCCCCAUAUAUAGUGUCAACCAGUCACAGUUGCUCAUUCAUGAAAAGGCAUCAGUUUCUCAGAAUGAGCUAGUCUUGUCCAAAGGCAGAGCUGGUUUGACCAUGGUUUAGGUUUACUUGAGUAGGCUCCUGCUCUUUGUUUUCAACUAGGUGGUACUGAGAGUUUACUUCCCAGAUCGUCACAUUCUGCAGGGCUUCUUCCAUCCCAGUGAAACAGGUAAGACUGUAUCUCCUUCCCAGCUUCUGCCUCACCCCCAAGUAAGGUGCAGUGAAAUAGAGAAAAGUUCCUUGCUCCCAGGCUAAGGUUUGUGACUUGAGAUAGUUACACUGCAGUCUCUCUAGUUGUUUUGUUUGGGCGGUGCUUGAAACUCAAGCACUGUGAUCUGAAUGAAGGAGGGCUGAGAUUUGUGCUCUAAAGAGGACAAAUCUUCCAGGCCACUUACCGCUGCAUUAGUCAUGCCCAGAUGAGGCCAUUGAACAACAGGGUGUUGGUCUAGUGUAGUUUCAACCAGAGCCCAAAAAAGGAGCUGGAAACACUGAAGAGAAGUUGAAUCAACCACUCUUCUUAAAUGUGCCAGGGGCCAAAAGCAAAACCAGGCUUCCUGCACCUCUAAAUAGCAAAAGGCUAGAACUUCCUGCGGCAUGGCAGGGCACACACCCAACUAUGCUUUCUGUCUUGCAUCUGUCUCCAUCUACGGAACUAGAUGUCCGUUCCUCCUCAUGAUUUUCUGCUCCUCCUUUGGCCUUAAGCUUGUGAGAGGGAACUCUAAAGUGAUAGUUCUUUUGCACAGGCCUGACUAAAGUAAGAUCCAGAAUCUUCUGCCUUGCUGGCAUGAGAUGUGUGCGUCAGCCCCUGUAUUCCUAGGAUCCUGAGUCGGGGCAGGCAGAACAUACCAGAUAGGAGGUGUUACACAGUGCUGUACAGAUAGCUGGCUGGUUUAUCUGAUGUAAACACUUAAACACUACCAUUGUUGCCUGUACCUUUUGAGGGAAGUGAUUUGAAUAUUGAAGGAGUGGGGGGCGGAGAAGAUAGAUAGGACCGUGGGUAACUACUGUUUAUGUUGCUCAUUCUUUUGUGUCAGAUGGCAAUGGUGGUUGCUCGUGAGUAAUCAGUCAGGACUCCAACCUGUCUUUUACAGGUUUUAUUUUGGUGCAAAACUAUUUACAGUGCAGAACCACAAGUUCAUGUCUGCCUCAAUCGCUAGCAGAAUCCAGGAGUGGUCAUAUCCGGGUCCUCCCCCAACAUAAUAGCUUAGUCACCCCCAGCCUUUUCCUUCCUUCUUUGCAUUUUACACCUCUGCGCAGGGUGGGCGAUAGAAGAAGCAUGCUUCCCUCCUGGCUAGCUUGACCAGAAGCAGUGCUGAGGCUCUCAGCAGCAUCCUCUGGUCCCUUCCCCUCUUCCCCACUGGAGGUGUGGCUUUCCCCACCACAGGAAGAGGAACUGCUUUGCAAGAUUUUCGGAGGUUCCCUGUAACCCAACUGCCCCUCUGCUUCCCUUCCCUGUUCUGAUGGCAGUCCCCUGACAUUUUGCUUUGUGUUGAAUUUGGGUUUUUGCUCCAUUUAGAAGCAGCCGUGUUCCUUGCUACGCCAUCUAUCUUUCAGUCUAGCAUUGCCUGGAAAAAUCGUUUGUGAGGGUCUCCGAUAGCAAAACUGAACACCACUUCAGUUAUUCCUUUCAGGGAAGCCAAUCCUUGUGAAUUGCUCAUUGGGGGCAGAGGGGGUUUGUGCUGGCAGUUAAUAUAAGAUGGAAGAUUUGUAAGGAAAGUUUCUUCAUUUAUUCCUAGGCAGAAGAAUUGGAACAUACUGUUGAGACUUUGCAUUGGGGAAACCAAGCCAGAUCUUGGUUAGGAGGAUAAUUCCCGUCCGUCCGUCCCCCAUCAUUGAAGGAUGCUGAAGUCUCAGCGUUGGGGUGUGCAUAGUGUGGGGAGGAGACUUCCAACUAUAGAGGCAGAAUGUGCAGUGAUGAAGCUUGAAAGCAUAGACAGAUGUUACAAUGCGCUAACCUCUUCCUUUUGGUGAACCUAAAAUAGGUGCUGACCGAUCAAGACAUCUCCUCUUGCUUUGUCCUCUCCAUGUGUCUUUAAGGCAGUGACUACAUUGGUUUUCUUUUCUAAUCACUGCAGCAAAGGAGAUGUGGUCAGUGCUGUAAAGAGAAUGCUGCUCACAAUAUAUCUUUUGAUCCACACACUGAUUUUUAUGCUUUAUUUGACAGUUGGUGCUCUGAGGAACUUUGUGAAAAACCAGCUUGCAGAUCCAGAGAUGUCGUUCUAUCUAUGUAAGUUCAGAUUUAUGUUUUAUAACUUUUUAAUGUCAGUUUUCCAGGCCUACUGUCACCAUCUAGGUCUUUUAAUUUUAAUUGCCGCAGCUAGUGAGCUAUGACUGCACCUCUUUCUCUCUCCUCCUCCCUAUUCCCCCUCAUUCCCCAACCCUUUGCUAAAUGAGCUUUUUCUUGUUCUCUUUUCCUAAUGAGAACUUUGUGUUUUACUUUAGUUACUACACCUCCCAGAUGCAUCUUGAAUGAUGACAGUUUGACCCUCUUCCAGGUAAUGGCUGUAUGCCUCUUCCUGUUUGAUUUGUUUUUCUUAUCACAAAAAUGCCCUCUACUCUGGCUUUGCUUUUAAGAGCCUGAAUAAUUGCCUCCUGUGGGUCUCUGUUAAGCCAAAGGUAGGUGAAAAUCUGCAGUUGGAGUCUAAAGUGCUUCCCUUUGCUUGUGCACCUGGCAUGUUACGAGGGCUUCCCAUUGUUGAGCAUAAGUGCUUCUGGCAAGGCCAUUUUUGCCAUGAGUGAGGCAAAUAAGCCCCACUGGGUGGAAUUCAACUGAGUUGUUACAUGCACAGAAUGAGGUCAGCUUGCACAAUGGGACUUCCCUCCCUUAUAUUCAUAUCCCCUAAAUCUACUCUGAAGGAUUGGGGGAACCCACAGAACAGGCUUGGGGGGGCAUGGAGGGGAGGGGAAGUCUUGUUGCACAAAUGGACUUCAUUCCCCACACAUACCCUACUUAGCACUAUGUUGAAUUCCACCCACUGUGCUUACUGGGGCUUUCUCUGGAGCUAGUAUGCAUAUAAGCACAGCUUAAAAUUGAAUUAUUUAGCAUAGAAGCAAGCCAGCUGAAAUAAAGGAAGAAGGGGCUACACAUGCCCACAGUGUUCACUAGUGUUCUUGUGGGAAGAUUCCGAAAGGCCAUUGCAUCCAAAAUUAAAACGUUUUCUCGUUGUCUCGUAACACUGACCAUACAGAGCACUUUGCUUGCAGAAGCUGGGAGGUGAUGCUGAUGAAUCGGGCUGUUUCCUUCCAGCUAUAUACAGGUUUAAGGAUUCAUGAAAGGGGAUUUUCCCCUCCCUGACUGUUGUGUGUACCUCCUGAUAGACGUGGGAAUUGUUGUGGCAUUGCGAUCACCAUUCUCUGAAUUCUUGGGUAACUGGAAAUGUUGCUUAUAAUUCCUGGAGGCUUUUCCAAAUUGGACAACAUUGUUGUUGUUUAGUCGUGUCUGACUCUUCGUUACCCCAUGGACCAGAGCACGCCAGGCACUCAUUGCUUCACUUUAAAAGAGUGCUCGAGUAUUGUGAUAUGGAUCCUCUUUUCAGAAGGUAUGGAGCGUUGGAAAGGGGAACGUGAGCUCCUCAUAAUGCCUGUAUCCCAGGUGUGUGCAUCUUAAGGAAAGGCUAUGACUCAAUGGUAGGCAUAUGAUUUGCAUGCAAAAGGUUCUGGGUUCAAUCCCAGGCAGGGCUGGGGAAGACCGCUGUCUGCUACCCUGGAGAGCCCUGCCAGUCAGUGUAGACAAUAUUGAGCUAGGUAGGGCAGUGGUCUUGACAGUUGAAGGCAACUCGCUGUGUUCCCAUGUCUCUGUGACUUGGAUCUUGGCUCUUGAUACCAGUCGCUUCUUUCUGUUCAUGCAGUGCAAGAAGCUUGUGUUAAUUAUCAAUGUUGAGGAUCACUGGAGUGACCUUCUUCCACUUCCCCCUUCUAGGGGAGGUAAUUUUGCAAGUUCUCUGAAGUUCCUCCCUCUUACGGGUCCGUGCAACCCUGUUCUGUUUUGCCCCUGCCCCCCUUUCUUUUGAUCUCCUUGCCUCCGGGCCCCAGAUGAGAGCACGCACUUGCCAAGCGAACAGUCUGUCUCUGUUUUGGAAGGCCUGAAAAUGUGUGCUCUUGAUUUUUAGGAAGGCUUACUGUGACGGAGAUGAAGAACUCCUUGCACAAAAGGCUUUUUGCCUGAACCUAGCUGCGGAGCUCUGGUUUGUUUUGCUAAAUGCCGAGUGGAACUGAAAGGGCCUAGCCAACAAACCUCACCGACUGUAGCUUUCCUGCCCAAAGAAAAGUGAGGCAGGACCAAAACUGUCACUCGCAGGGUAUGAUAUACCAAGGGUCAUUUGGAGGUUGACAGGUCAUACAGAGUGUAACAGGAAUCAGUUUGCGUAGUGUAUGUCAGAGCCUCUCAGGCGGCAUAUUGAAUUAGGAAAGGAUUAGAGCUCUUCUGAAGUUGUUUAUAAUGGAGCUUUCCAAAUUCCAUGACUUCCUGGCCAGGCCAUGUGGACAAGACACCAGUGCAGCUGCUGUCAGAGCACUGAAUGCGUAAAGAGCCAAUACCGAUGGCUACCUACGUUCAAGCUCAAGACCUGUCCCCUUUCUGACACACAGUGCCUCACAACUCCUUGCCAAGAAGCUUAGGUUACCCCCCAAAACAUGUCUGUCUCUGUAUGGUUUACUAAUAGUGUUUUGUUUGUUGCCACAAUGUUUACAUUGGCCUCGGCCUCCUUGACCCCUGGGAAUGUGUCAGGCCUGCGCACUUUUACAGCAUGGGUGUGCUUUUAUUGUUCAUGGCUGGUGACUCCAUAGCCCGGGCAUGAUGUAGUGGUUAGUUGUGUUUUCUGCCGUCUUGAGGCCCCUUCGGCAUGCUUAAUCAAAAUGUGCACAAAAUACAUUUUGACUUUCAUGAGAUACUUCUGCAAAUCCCUUUCCAGUGCCAGUAGCACUAUACUCUGCCGGCAUUUAACAGAUCGGGGAGGGAGGGUAUCUGUGCAACUGUUGGCCUCCUUUUAAAGUCCAGAUGUGGCUAGAUGUGUUCUCCAGAAUGGGGGGGGGGGCAUUUAGCCUUUAGAGUUUGUUUUUUAAGUGUUAAUGAAAAAAACCCAUCAAAUGGUGGGGCGUUGCUGUGGGGGAAGUGGUACUCUUGGGUUUCGCUUAUUUUGUUUCAUUUUUGCCUAGUUUUCCACUCUGUAAAGAAACAAAAACAAAAACAAACUUGUGUGUUCCAGCCCUGGAAUUUAUAGAACAGGUACAUGCAUAACCUCCAUAUUAUUAUUAUUUUUUAAAAAAGAUGGAAAAUAUUUACAAAACUGGACUGAGGUGGAAGAGGUGUUUUGCCCGUGACUAGUUACGUCACCAAAAUAUCAAGCAGGUGCCUGUAGCACUUGUGGAAGUAUAUUCCACACAGCAGUGAUCACACCGUCUGAAGGAAGUAGUCAUAUUUUCUGAGGUACGCUUUAUUUGUCCAAGGAAGCAUGCAACUAGUUUUGUGAGCCCAACGAAGCUCCAGAGUUGUUUUUCUCAAACUGCAGGCAUCCCCCUGCCCCACCACCACAGUUCCCUGGGUGCUAUGUGCCAAGCUGCUUUCAAAACUGACAGGAGUUUUAAAUUCAGAUGUUUGAAGGAAAAACCUUAAGAAUUCAAAGAGGUUAGCAGAAACCUCUUGUCUGAGCUUGAAGCAGCUCUUGGGAUUCUUGGCCAACAGAAGUUUGACCUUGGAUUGGGGGCAGGGGCAGAGACAUAAUGUCUGUGCACAGCAAAUGAGAAGUAAACACAUAUUUAUCGUACAGUGGUGUAGAAUGACCCUGAGAGCCAUUUAGCACCUGAGCCUGGCCUCUGCUCGGAUGUGCUUGCAGCCCUUCAGUGCUGGAACAGAAAGCUCUGUGCCUUUUCUUUCUGAGUCACAAUGUCAUCUUGGUGGGGAGCAGCCAGUUCAGUGCCUUUUCUUCUUCUCCCCCCCCUUCAAAGCCACUGAAAUAUUUUAAUUAAUAGCAGAAGUGCCAGUGGAAAGGUCCCUUGUGCCUUUGAACUGGGCGACUUUCCCACUCAUUGGGAAAGCAGCUCCUCCCAUCUUCCCUUGUUUUGUGCCAUCUUGCCCACAGCUGCCACCCAACACGAUCUCCGAUUCCCACACGCUUGUUGUGGUCGGAAGAUAGGAAAAUAAGAGAAGUUUUCUGUGGAGUUCUGAGAAGUCUUAGGAGGGAAAGGUCACACUGGGAGUCUGAUUAAACUAGUGAUUAAAACCUGUAUCUGGAAACGGAAGUUUCUCUAUACGUUUUGGCCCUCUUUAGCCCAGCCUAUAGGCCAAACCAGACCUGUAAAGCAAUUGUAACUUGACCUAUCCCAUUUUAAUCAAUGUGGGGUAUAAAACCUUUGUCCUCUUGAGAAAAUAAUCAAAUUAAAAAGUAACACUGGGGGGGGGGAGACACACACAGAGACAUGGAGUUGCAGGGGAGUCACUCCUCAUUGUAAUGUUACUACUCAUCUCUGGGUCUUACAUACAAUGCACUGGCUGCUAUUGAGUUUUGUGUGUGCCAGGCUCUUCUAGGUAUCUUGAACACGCAGGAGUACUCAUCCCACCCAAACUCCCAAGUUGGCUUUGUUCUUGAACUUUGCUUUCCAACAUAGAUUUUUGCAUCACCACCACCACCGCAUAUCUGAAUACUUUUUGGCUUUUAACUUCCUCUUUACCUAGGAUGCUUUUCUUCACCUCUCUUUUUUGUGCAUUUUCUGAAUAUAUUAACCAACAGCUGCAAGGGAAGGUUUAGUACCUUCUCACUCCUUGAUCCAGCUAUGGCGGCCUUCUGGUCUAUAUACCCAAUUUUGACUAUGACUUUUAGCAUUCUAAUAUGCAGUUUUAUUGUUACACAUAAAGUAGGGUUUUUGUGUAAGCAGGCAGGCGGUUUGAAUGAUACUACAAGCAUGAUCCCAGACAAAUAGAUAGAGGAUUUGAGUCUUAGGCUGCAAUCCUAACCCUAUUUACCUGAGAGUAAUCUUUACUGAAUUCAAUGGGACUUACUUCUUAGGUUAGUAUUACUACCUUAAACUCCCUAGCGAAGUGGUUUCCUUGCUAUUGCCACCUAUAAGGUCUCUGAGCAAAUAUUCCUGUUUUCAUAAAGAGAGUUAGCAAAAGGUUAAUGGAGAGAAGUUCAGACAAUAAUUACUGCAGCGACCAUAUAAGGACAUCUGAAAAUAAUUCAACACAGAUAGAAUAUCACAAACAUUAUUACUGUCAAAAAUGCUCUUGUUCAUAGUGAUCUUCCUUUGAUGGUCCGUUUAAAGUCUCUGCUAUCUGAACACUUCAUUCACAAUCUGGAGUCAGGUCUCCAGUUUCUGAGAGACUAAAGCAUCCACAACAAAUGGCCAUCUAACCUCUGCUUAAAAACUUCCAAUGGUGGUGAGUACAUCACUUUCCAAGGGAGUUCAUCCCACUGUCAAACAGCUUUUACCUCCAGAAAGUUAAUCCUGAUUAUGAUUACCGUAUUUUUCGCCCCAUAGGACGCACUUUUCCCCCUCCAAAAAUGAAGGGGAAAUGUGUGUGCGUCCUAUGGGGCGAAUGCAGGCUUUCGCUGAAGCCUGGAGAGCAAGUGGGGUCGGUGCGCACCGACCCCUCUCGCUCUCCAGGCUUUGCGCAGAUCUCCGUAAGCCAUGGGAGCCCGCGCUGGGCUCCCGUGGCUUGUGGAGAGUUGCCUGCAUGCCAAAGGCUCGGCGCGCUGAGCUCAGCGCGCCCAGACUUCGCACAGCUCUCCACAAGGUGCGGGAGCCCUGCGCUGGGCUCCCAUGGCUUGCGGAGAGUUGCCUGUUCUGGGGGCUGGGGUCGGGGGAAGCUCGGGCUUCCCCCGCCCCAGCCCCGAUCCUAGGGGGGAAAUAAUUUUUUUCUCCUUUAAUUCCCCCCCAAAAAAAACUAGGUGCGCCUUAUGGGACGGUGCAUCCUAUAGGGCGAAAAAUACGGUAGUUUGCAAUUUUACACACACAUAGAUUGUCUAUCAUCUUUGUGACCCUUUUUUCGGUAUUGCCCUCUUUCACAAUAAUGAGUUUUUGACUGAAUGUGUUUCAGUGUUCUCUAGAGUAGCUGCACAGUUUUCCCAGGUUGCUCACCAUUUAUUUUCAGCUGCUUCACAGUUCAGAAGUGCUUCAGUGAAGCAUUUUCAUUCAUCCAUUCCAGAAUGCCUUGCAUCAGCUUCCUCCUCUACUGGUGGCCCCUGACACCUUUUCCAGCACCUGUUCCAUGAAGCCUCUUGCAGAUGACAAGCUCAGUCUGUUUCAGCAGCCCCUGCAAUCUAGCUGGCCCUCUACAUUCCCAUUGCCCUCAGAUGACUAAGGCAACCACAUUUAAUUUUAUCUGCUAGAGAGCAUUGAUUGCUCUCAGAGAGAUGCGAGUUGAGGGUUGGCAGCACAAUGUGUGAGCAUCUGUGGGGGUUUCCCCCCCCCCCCCAUGCCCAUGCAAAGUCUGUUAGUUCCAAAUCUUCAAACCUACUUUCAGGUCAGCCCUCUAAAGUAUUCAAGCUUUUCAGCUGGCAAAAUAAGUUGGAGGUCAGGGAGCUGGCCAGGAUGUUUUGAUAAACCUUCCUUUCUAUGUUUUUUUUAAAAAGUAUUUUGGAAAUCUUCAUUUCCAAAACAACAGGAAUGAUUCUGUUCAAAACUUCGCUUUUCUUGGAAAUUUCUGUACCAAAUGUGACUGUUAGAAAAAGCCGGGAGAAUGUGAAAGCAGCCCAGGCUAGGCACUCUUGAUGGCGACCACUCUUCAGAAUUAAGUGAUUUUAAUAGAUAGUUUUUGAGCUUCAGGCUUUUUUCUUCCCAAACCUUAAAGCUCUGUAGUCUUCAGCACUAUUCAGCUUUGUCAGUUCUCCUGGUUGCUAGGUAGGUAAGUCCUGGUAUAUAGAAUUAUCAGAGGUUUAAUAUGAUUUACAGGGAAGUGAUAGUAGGUAUGAGUUGGGCAGGUUAAGGGGUAGUAGUAACCUGUGUAAAUGAGACCUGGAUAAAGACCACCUCACCUCCAAAUCUGAGUGCGGUGGGAGUAUAUCAGCAGGGUGUUUAAUUAGAUUAAUGAAUCUGUUUCAACAACAAAUGGCUGGACCUGUGUGCCUUAGUGCCGCAGAGCCCAAACAGUGUGAAGUUAGUGGCCACACAGUCCUUGAGCAGAGUUAAUGGCAGGUUUUCUAGCUCAUGUUUCAUUUGAGUACAAGGGUGGGCGGUUGGUCUUUUCUGGUCCCAGUAGGUUCUCCUACUGUGUGCGAUCAACAUACAGAAAGGAGCAGAAUGACCAACAAGAAAUAUCCUAGCCUGCCGAUGCAAAGUACAGCAAUCUGGUCAUGGAUGUAUUUGUAAAGGACUCCUGCCUGCAAGCAGAUCUACUCCUAAGCACCCCAGUCUUCCCUUUUCAAGUAGUUGGCUGGAAUGUUUACCCUCCAGUAGAGUUACUCAUGAAUAAGAACCCUGCAUAGUUGUGAGUAAACACAGCCUAUGAAAACACUGACAAAACUGUGUGUGGACAUAGCCGAGGUACUGAAAAUUGCAGUGCUUUAACUGCAAAUGCUCAUGUUGUCUAGAGUAUUAGGACUGCACCCAAAUUCUCCUUAAAAGGUGAGUAAGCCCCACUCAGGAUGACUGCACCAGUUGAUCCUAGGGUGUGCACUGUUCAGGUGCACCAAAACAGGAGCAAGCAAGCAACUUACUCCUUAUUCUCUUCCUUUUUUCUUUUGAGGUGGGGGAGAUUGAAAUCGCAUUGCUAUAACUUCCUAGGUUGCCUCUCCCUUUUCCUAGUUUAGAUUGGCUGAUUCUAGAUGACAUUUUGCUCCCUAUCACCAGUAUAAACAUGCAUUCAUCCGUUCGUUCUUCCCCCCUUUUUUUGCCUUGAGUCAGUGUAUGCUCCAUGCUGUAAUGGCUUCUGCUUGGAUAGCCUUUCUCUGCCACCGGAGAUCUGAAAGCUUGGCAGAGGCUGAAGGGGGCUUUCUUUUCUGGAGAGAAAUGGGUGCGGAAGCUGCUCCAGCUUUCAUGUCCCUGGCAACUCUGUUAUUGUUGGAUGCCCUUUUUAUAGGCUGCUGGUCCUAAUCGGGCUGUUUUGCCUAAGCCCCUGUGUUCCUGGGAAGGAGGGGUGUGUGUGUGUGUGUGUGUUAUUUGACCUGUCUCGGCACUAGCGUGAGGGGCAGUGCUGAGGUGGGGAACCCUGCUGUUUGCCUUCUCCAGCAUUAUUUGCUGAGCGGCAAACUCAUGGGCGCAGGAGUGGCUAUGUAUUGUGCAGACUCCUGCUUUUGAGUCUGCAUGUGACUAAUGUGGGAACUAGAACAGAGACUUCUCUUAUUUUUGUAAAAAAAUAAACUAUGUUGGUUUUGUGUACACAUGGAGAUGGAAGCGAAACGCAAAGAAACACCAACCUUGUUCAGUGGGAUGCUCUUAAUAGUUUCCGUAUUUAAUAUAGACGAAACCACUCUAUAAUAUUUGAAAUAGUCUUCUAAGAGACUUGUAAAUUAAUUUUAACAUGGAUUAACUGACAAAAAGGAGCUAAUUAGACUCAGGGAAACGCCAGACAAAGGCCUGCUGUAACAAGUGGGUUAUAGCUAGUAUGAUGAAUCUUCAGAAAAAGUCUGUCCUGGGCUUGAAUCAUCAGAUCUCUGUGCUCUUGAGAUCUCUGCACUUUCAUGCUGUGUUGUCAGGACAUCAGAAGAGGCUAGACCAGGAGUGGGGAACCUCUGGCCGUCGCAACUCCCAUCAGCACAAGCCAGCAUGGUCAAAGAUUAUGGGAGUUGUAAUUCAAUAACAAGCGGCUGCAGGUGCCAACAUCCUUGGACUAGACUCUAGAGCAUCCAGCCUUAACUUACAGUGGAGAGAUGAAGGACUGUCUCAGUCGAUAUUACAGUGCAGAAACCCAGGCCAGGCAUCGGGCUCGGGAGACCCGUACAUACACGGUCACUGUCGUUUCAACAACAGAAUAUAUUGUUUGGAGGCUGGUCCUGAGAAUCCUAGCUUUUGCUGCAGAACCUCAUGGUUGUUUGUAGUGGAGAAAAACUAAACUACAGAAAAGCAGGGAAGGUCUGGAAAGGAUUCCAGUGGCUGAUGUGGCAGGUAUGAGAGUGAAGCAUCCUCAUUUUUCCCAAGUUGGAGAAGGCUGCUUUAAAUGCCAUUUAAUGGUGUGUGGUUCAAUGUAGCCUAGAUUUGCCACUGUUCCGUGAACUCGUUUCUACCUCAUGCGGCCGCACUAAAGUCUUGCCAGCAAAAGUAGCAAAAGGGUGCUGACAAGCUUUGGUUGCAUUUGUCUGAGCAAAGGAGGUUCGUCUUGAUUCCGGGGAUGACUUCUGAAAGUUAUUGCAUGAUAUUUCUUUUAUGCUGAGGACAGAGAGAUCAGAAAGUGAGUGGUCCAGCCAGGACAUCUACAUCAUUCUUUCAGACUCUUUGAAACUGAUAAGGCCUGUGGUUCCAGCUAUGAACCACUCCAUAGCUAUUUGUGACCUCCUGAGGGAGCAAUCCCAAUUGCAUCCAAAGUGACAAGUAGGGGAAUAACUACACCGGCACAUUUUCAUAGCAUCUCCUCUCUCUGAAUUCGGUCCAGUUGGCACCAGUUUUGGUGCAUAGCCCACUCACCUUGUAUGAAUUCCGAGGAGAAGAAAAGUCUUACGUUCUCUUUCUGCCAAACUCAGCAAGGAAGUUGCUGGGGAGGCGGGGGAUGAAACAAGUCAAGUGGGAAGGACAGUGUGCAAGGGAGUGGGUAGCAGAGAUGGGAUGUAGAGAAACCUGCAGUGCUACAGAAACGAGGGUGCUAUGGAGUGCAAAGGCAGGGAAAGGAACACAGAAUACUGCCUUAUACAGAGUCAGACUAUUGCAGUAGGUCUCUGAGAUUUCAGACAGUCUUUCUCAGCCCUACCUGGAGAUACCAGGGAUUGAAACUGGAACUUUUCACAUGGAAAGUAUGUGCUGUUCCCUUUCCCAUACUGGUUAGCAGUGGCUGCACAUAGACCUAAAGCGGGAGAGAAAGCGAGCUGUAAGAUGGAGAGGGAUGCAAGGAGAUUUCUGGAGGGGAAAAACAGAAAAAGGAAAUAGCAGAUAAGAGUACGGACCAGUGGCACUUCAGACAGCGAAAAGGAGGCCUAACAGGGAUGCAGAGAGCUAGGAACAUGCUGUGGGCCACGCAGAGAAAAGAGGCAUUAACAAGACAUUGUUUUUAAAAAGAGAACACUGAGCAAUAAAAUAAAAUAAAUUGGAAUAAAAUGUUGUUCCUUUGCAAGCCUAACAGAGUAGCCCUGCUAAGUUAAUACAACUAUAAAAGUGUCUCUUAGUAUUUGAGUUGUGCACCCUUGAAACGGACCGAUCAAUAAUACAUGCUUUCAGCUUUGCAAUCAGCAGUCAUUGAGUAAGAACAGUCACUUACUUUUUUUCUAACCGAGAUUUUGCUACCUUUCCAAUUAUCCUGAUGUGUUCUGUCCUCAAAGCUUGUGUAUCAAGUUGCUAUAAUAAGUCUUAACAUUUUGUCUGCUUUUUUCUGUUCAGACCUUUGGGACCAAUACAGCCAUUGCUAUCUAACAAGCUUUCUUGUCUGAAGAUGCAACAAGCUAUUCCAGGAAUCCCAUUAUUUGAAACACAGGCAGUGAUAAAGGUCACCGGACCCUGAGUCCUUUCUGAUUUCUGAUACCGUUUGUUUCUAGAAAGUCUUGGGGUGUUGAGUUCCUCCUCUACCCCCACCCCAGAAAGGCUUGGCUCACUGUGAUGGGCUGAAAGAAUAUAGAUACCUUAGAUGGUUACCCUAGCAGGGGCCUCUGUGAACAAGUGCUGGAAUUACAAGGCUAUGACUGAUGCUUAUUUUCCUUACAAGGUUGAAAAGGCAUCUAGAGCUACUAUUGUUAAACCUGAUAGCCACCAGAAAGGGGAAGAGACUUCAACUGUGGGAUCAAAGCCAGGAAAACAAAUGUUGUCAACUUGUCUGCUUAAGAGAAAAGGGGUUGCAUCUGAAGAGAGCGUCCUGCAAUGUGUGCCUGUUUACUGGAGGGCGAAUGUGCAGACUGGCAGCAACAUGGAGUUUUUGGAACCCAUAAAGACUUCAAGGCAUUGCUUUGAUAUUUUGUUAUUGCUGUUUGUGCUGGCUGCAUUAUCCCCAUGUCCCAUGAAUUAUUUUAAAGUGUUCUCGAGGGCAGAACUGAUCAACUGCAGGCUUCUCUGCUGAGUACUCCAGCCAAGGGGUCCCUGAAGCUCCAGCUGUGUGUGUGCUUUUUCUUAGCUAGUUGGACUUUCCCCCUCCCCACUCUACCCCAAGGAACACACACUGGCAUGACUCAGUCCUGGGGCUUAGGAAAGGCCAGUUCACAGAUCUCUGCUUGUGCUGGGAAGCAGUGAAGAGAGGUAAGCAUCCCAGAGUCUGGGAAAGGCAGCAGACAACUGUGGUCCCAUCUUCAAAGGAGCUGAAGAGGCCCCACAUGCUUCCAUCUAAAUAUUUAUUCCCCCCUCCAGUGUAUCUUAACAUUUCUGCAAGUGUUGAAUCAAGCUAUUCUUGGCUUUGUCAACAAGAGGAAAAAUACAAACGAGCUGAGGAUCUUUUCUCAUUGCUGUUCUACUUUCAUAUUCUUUGGUGCGGUUUUGGGUGCGCUCACAUCUUUGAGUCAGUGAAUCUGAUGCUGGCAAAGCCUAUGCAGGUUGAGAAUCUUCCAGUAGACUUAGAUACAGUAGGUAGCCGUGUUGGUCUGCCGUAGUCGAAACAAAAUAAAAAAAUUCCUUCCAGUAGCACCUUAGAGACCAACUAAGUUUGUUAUUGGUAUGAGCUUUCGUGUGCAUGCACACUUCUUCAGAUACACACAGACUUGUUACACAGGGACAAACUUGGCAAUUGCGUUUCCUGCCGCAAAAGGUACCUUUUGAAGACUGAACCUUCAUUUCUGUGCUUCAGAUGGAAUGGGACACCAUGGUUUCCCAUUGUGUCUGGACAAAGCCUGUGUAACCAAUGAGAGAGCAAAAACAGCAAGUACAGUGAAUAUUGCACCUUUCCAGUUUGUAUGUCAAGUCUUAGCCAGUUUACUGUCCCUCUGUGUUGCUCUUAGCAGAGAAUAUAUGCCACUAAACAUGUUAGUUUCUGGUAUGAUUGUCCUGGGUGGUCCCAUGUGCCCAAACAGCACCAGAUAUGUUCAGUACUAAUACUGUUAGUACUCCGUGGUCAGAACUUGCUGUACUUUGGCUUGGGAGUAUCUUAAAUAGACUGUCUCCACUUACUUUACCCUUGUGUAAAAGUUCCCCUUUCAGACCAUAUCUCAUAAAAGGUAAAAGACUUAAGCCUCUGUUUUCCAGCUGCCUCACGCUCACUCUCUGUUUGAUCAUGGUCUCCUCUGCUUUGGAAAACUUUUUUCUUGGGUAUUAAAUGAGACAAGGCCAUUUAGGCAACGUCCCUUUGACUGUGGUGGUUCUCAUGUUUGUUUCCUUUCCGGAGAUGCUCUUUGCUGCUUGUCAGGGAAGCUUUUGAUCUGCUAGCUUCCCCAUUGAAUUUUCCAAGUGCUGAUUUCUGUGUAUCUUGAAGGAAUGUGUGUGUGUGUGUGUGUGUGUGUGUGUGUGUGUUUGGGGGAUGGUGUUGUGAGGUAUUUCAUGCUGGUAGCUUGGAUUUCUGCAUUCAUGCGCAUGUCCCCUUUGAAGCCCUCAUUUAUUUAUUAAUCUUUAAACAUCAAACUAACAGUGGACCUGUGGCACUCUAAUCAUUUCAGCUCAUGUAACGGAAAGAAUGCUUCCUCUUUUGGCAGCUGCAAGUCCCUGUCCCCUGUCUCCAACUCCCCACCCGCCCCCACCCCUCCAAACAAAAAGGGGGGGAAAGAAAAGAAGAAGACAACAGCCUCUUCCUGAUCUCAAGGUCUCUGAACGAACUUGGCAAACUAAGUAGCAGUGUGGUGAAUUGCAUCCUUUUGCAGCAGCCUUUUGUUGUAGGAGUGUGUGUGUGUCCCUCAGUUGUUAGGGAGGAGGAUUUAUAAAAGAAAGGCUGUUGAAAUAUUGGAGGGGUGUGUGGGUGUGUGCAGCCUUUCCACUAUAAUGUAUAUACUGUAAUGUAAAGAUCCAGGGAGAAAUAUGUUGCUUCAAGUAAUUGCCUCUGUUUAGCACGCUGACAAAGAUCAUUGUGACCAAUGUGCUUAUAGGACCGUGUUCAAGGCUUCUCCAGCAUGUCAUGGGCUCCCCAGUUGCCUCCCACACUCCCAGCUGCACUUUUUCAGUGGCUUCUCAUUUGAAUCUAUGACGUGCGACUUCAGGUGCCUGUUUCGGUUGUUGCUCACCUGAUACUCACCUCACUCCAGUUCAUCUAGCAUUAGAGUCUAUGUAGCAAAGUUUGGACCGCUCAGAACACGCUAAAAGUGCCAAAUGAUUGGUCUUAUUUUUAUCCCCGCUUAAUAUAGGCAGUAAGGCUCUUGAAAUAGGGGCAGAGAGUAACAGCCUUUCUAAAUUAGAAUGGUGGGGGAGAAUAAUGUGAUAUGUACUCCAGGACUGGUGAGGAAACUUCCAAUGCCUUAAAACUUUGAACACUAUUUUAUUUCCCUUUAAAAAGAAGGCAGCUCUUAAAAUUAUUAUGUUGGAGGCCUCUUUCUUUUGUGACUGAGAAGUGAGAAGGCUCAGACUGCUGCUACCAUCAAACGAGAGGAUGUUUCUGAGCUGUGAGAUUCUACUUUGCACAUGCAGUCCUGAUUGAUUUAUAUUAACUCUAGAAAUACUUUUCUAGUUUCUAGGGUAGCUUGGGUUUUGCCAGUUUUUUUAUCCACAAGUUUCUUUUUUUUAGACUUGUGAUGCCAUAAAGAAACAAGACUCUCAUCUUUUGAUUUCAUAGCUUAUGAGUGUUUCUUUCUCUGGGGCGGGAUUCAGCAUAACACUAAGGCAAUUCGGCUUGCUAGAUGAAUCAGUCCCCCAUUUCUUCUGCCUGCAUUCUAUUUGGAGUUCUUUUGAGUAGUUAUGCAUAGAAUUACACUGUCAACAGCAGUUUCUCAAACUUUGAUAUCUGGUGAAUAGUUCUCCUGCAGCCCCUUCACCCCACAUUAAAAUGGGAGGCAUUGUACUAAAGCAUUUUGCAGAGCACUGUAGGAGCACCUUUCCUUGCAAGAUAGCCCAGACCAGGCAUGGCCAAAUCUGGCCCUCCAGCUGUUUUGGGACUACAAUUCCCAUCAUCACUGACCACUGGUCCUGUUAGCUAGGGAUGAUGGGAGUUGUAGUCCCAAAACAGCUGGAGGGCCAAGUUUGGCCAUGCCUGGCCCAGACAAUAUUGCUUCCCAUUAUCCCUCCCCUUAGCCUUGUGUCAGUCAGUCGGCCUAGGAUUCAGACCAUGCUUUCUGGACAGUGGUGAGCUUUCUGGGAUUGCCCUGCAUCUGUCGGUUCAUAAAGCGGGGGGGGGGGGAGAGGAGGCUGCUGCUGCUGCUGCUUGGGCCUCCCCACUCCAAGAGGCACCAGAGUGUGGUGAAUGUGUGCAACACAGUAGCUAACCUUUUCAAGGCACUCUUGAGCUCUCUUGCAGCACACUCUACUUUAACAGCAAUUGGUGAAGACCUCUUGAGCUCUUCAUAAGAGGAGAAAAUGUGUAUUGGCAUUUUUAACUUUAAAAAAAGUUAAAGGACCCCUGGACGGUUAAGUCCAGUCAAAGGCGACUAUGGGGUUGCGGCGCUCAUCUCGCUUUCAGGCCAAGGGAGCCAGCGUUUGUCCACAGACAGCUUUCCAGGUCAUGUGGCCAGCAUGACUAAACCGCUUCUGGUGCAAUGGAACACCAUGACGGAAACCAGAGAGCACGGAAACGCCGUUUACCUUCCUGCCGCAGCAGUCCCUAUUUAUCUACUUGCACUGGCAUGUUUUCAAACUGCUAGGUUGGCAGGAGCUGGGACAGAGCGACGGGAGCUCACCCUGUCACAGGGAUUCGAACCACUGACCUUCUGAUCGGCAAGCCCAAGAGGCUCAGUGGUUUAGACCACAGCGCCACCCGCUUUACGUGUACCUUGAGCUAGUUUAAAUGAACUGUCUAGUCACCUAAAUCCUGUAUUUCAUGCAGAGAUGUCUGUGUUAACGUUUUAACAUGCUGACUAAUUCCAUGUCCUGUUUGUAAGCUUUCUGAAACAUCUGGCUAGCUGCUGUUGGAUAUAGAAGUAGAUGGACCCCCAGUCUGAUCUUGCAAGGCACUUCCUAAGUUCUUUUGUUGUUAAUGUGUUGAUACCUCCAGGCCAAAGCUGAGAUGCUGUGAUAGCACAGAUCUGUCACAGUCUCCCCUUUUAACCAAGACUAUCAAUAUCAGCUUUUAAGAGCAUUCAGUUUUGCAUCUUUUCACGUGUGCCUCUAUACUUUACCAACUUAAUUUGGUAAGCUGCUUUCAUUUGUGUAAGAAGACAGAGAUGAAUGCUGUGGAAGGACCCUGCAAUAUUCCAUUAAACUGCAAAUAGUCGUAUAUGUUUAUAUAAAGCUUGGCAGGUUCUUCUGAGAAAGAAUGGUACAAAUGAGGUUGGACUGCACUCUGCUGGACUACCCUUGGCUCGAGUGUCAAAUAACACAAGUUCCUGUAUUAGGCACCAUCUCUUCUUUCUAAAAUCUAGCUUUUGGAAGGCCUGAGGCUACUCGCCCUCUAACUUGGGUUUUGAUUUUGGAGUCUUCUACUCUUUCAUGCGUUCCAGAGGCUUUUUCGGCCGUUAAUUGAAAAUAUAACCAAAAUGAGAAUGUGAUCUUCAGAAGAUCUGGAGAAUUCCUGAUCCUAAUGUGUUAUCCCGGAAAAGAGGCAGGAGCAGGGCCAAUCAUUCCAAAGCCAAAGGUAUCCAUAGCCCAGAGGCAGCAUUGAGUGACUCAUUCCUUGGAAGCAGUUGCUGCCAGCGGCAAAAUCGGAAGUGGCCUCUAGUCUUCUGUUUUCAUUUAAGAUUCUGUCCCAUGGCAGAAAAAUGAAAAUGGCAUGGAGAUGCCAUCAGAUGGUGUUAUCCCAUAGCAGUGAAGUGAUAGGAAUGUGCAAGAGUUCAGUGGCAAGGUGGAUUUAGAGAAGGAAAGCAGAGGUGGAAUGAAGUUGUUUUCUCUGUAAAUCUUUUUAACGUGUUCAAAAGCUACCCUGAAAGUCCAUGAUGAUCAUUUUGCUGAUUUUUGUGCAUUGCAGGCGAAAGGGUUUAAUUGGUCCUAUUGAGAGAAUAUACUUUUCCUUUCCUUCACCCAUGGAACGUGUUGUGUCUUUGGGAUUCCCGUGUAAUUUAUACAACAGACAGAGGGAAGCAGACAAAUGACACACAAAUGAGCCUUAAAAGUAAAGGAGGGAGCUGUGGAGAAGCCCCUUUGAGGGGAGGUUUUUAUUGGCCAAACUCUAGGAAGGGAAAAAGGUGGGCAAGGGAUGCAGAGCUGGGAGGGGGAGAGGAAAAAACGAGUCUGGAGGAGGUGGCUGAAUGCUGUGUGCUUACGAGCUGCUGUCCCAUUCCUUUAAGUCUCUUCCAAUUAAAAGAGCUUUGGACUGAUGUUUUGCCAGUGGUGGGAAUUGGUUGGGAGAGGAGGAGCUCAGAAGUCAAAGCGGGACUUAUUUGUCAACCUCUGAGUAAAAAUAGGGUAGCGGCCCUUAUCGGGGCAUGCUGUGUGUGGGUGUGUGUGUUGCAGCAUUUGUGCCUCGUGUGUCUCUCAUUCUUGAACUGUGUUCCUCUGCGCUCUGUCUAUCCCUUCUUUCUUUGUGCCUCACUCACAGGCCCUGCCAUGAAUUUUCUCUGACCCCUUGGGGCCAUUCCCACAUGAAGCUUUGAUGUGUGUGCCCAGAGCUUGAUUGACAAGGAAGUUUUAGUGGCAGCAACUGGAGAAUCGAAGAGAAAAGGGCAGGGCUUUGAACUAAAGGGCUUUGAGCUCCGAGAUGCUGUGCUUAGUUAUCUCCUUCAGAAUGUUAAUUAUUCAUCAUGAUAAUUGGGCAGGAGAGGGGAAAAAGAGAGGGGAGGUUAUUAAAAAAUUCCAACACUAACACGCUACAAAAACCUCAUUUUCCAACGUUGUGACUGGCGUGAAAAGGAUAGUGUGUAUGUGAAGAGGUUUGGGGAGGGGGGGCCUUCUUUUUUCUUUUUCUUUUUUUAAUCCAUUCCCUAAAUAGUAGGAUCCCUUCAGAUGAAGGCAGCGGGGACAUCAAAGCUUUUGUAAGAGUUUUCUUGGGGGUUUCUUAACUGUGUCUGGUACUUUUUAAUUAAAAAGUUUACGGAGAGCCGUCUUUGUGACUGGCUUCUGGUGGAGCUGGCAAGCCUGGGUCCCGCUGCUUGAGAAAGAAAAUGUUUUUAAGGGGCCUAAUAAAUAUUGUUUCCUACUGCUAGGAUGUCAGGUUGGCACUGUGAAAGACCUCGUCGCUAGAAAGGAGGUGAACCCUGGUGCUGAGGAGGGCAGGGAGUGCGGGCUUUUCCUGGGAGCUAGACGUUGUCGGCCACUUUGAAUGCCCAUGCCCACAUCCGCCCCUCAGGUGCUCAUUCCAAGUCUAUGGCAAAUGGGUCAGGAAGAGACAUUCUGCGGUCACUGUUAUGCAGGCGUAUUCUUAGUAUCCUGACAUUGUUUCACAUCAGUCGCUUCAAAUAAUGGAAGCAACGUGGUUUCUGUGGCAAGUGAAUAUACACCAUCCUGUCCUCUUUCGUUCCAAUACAUAGCUUUUGGACCCAAGUCAGAGGUUCUCCAUCAAGAACACUGAUAAUGGAAUGAUGUGUUUGGUGGGAAGCAUAAGAUUUCCAGACUUACGAUGCUGGGAAUUUUUGCCUCAGUGUGCAUCACCUUUGUAGGUGUUUACAUGGAACAGGAUUUGCCAUGUUGUUGCUCCUUUAGUUUGGAAAGAUCCUUGUGGAGCUUGAGUUCUCACCAUCCUGAAUAACUUAAGAAUUCUCAGGUAUAUUCCAUCCAGACCCAGUGAGCUAAGUUUCUAAUUUGUCAGUAAGUCCUAGAAUGUCAUCAUCUUCCCCCCUUCAUGACUUAGAUCUUCAGAUGCCCUCAUUUCCAGGAAAGUGGUUUAUUAGCAGAUAUCCAGUAUUAUUAUUUUUUGCUCAUCCAGCUUUGCUGCAAUCUCCCUAUCUUCCUAUUAGCAUCCUUUCUCUCCUUCGUCAUCUAAUGGUCCAACUGCCUCCAUGUCCUGCUUCUGACAUACUUAAAUUUUGUAUUAAUACUUUUAGAACAUGUUCCUCACUCCCUCUCCCCACCCUACAAGCAUUGCCAGGCACUUAAAAGACUUUGGGUACGUGCCCAUGACACCCGCUUGUCCUAAUUUAUAUUUAUAGAUGCCUCUGGGUCAAUUAAGAUGGUGGGUACUCUAGAGCAAGGGGUGGCAGGAGGGUCUCACAAGCACUGUGCUUUGCAAGGCACCCAGCUGUCCUCUAAGCAAAUGAAUGUUACCUUUCAACUUCCUUUUAAAUAUAGAUAGAUACGUAGAUACAUAGAUAGAUGGUAACUAAAUCUUGUUCAUUUGCUGUUGUUGUAUUUUCAUAUUUAUAGGGUUCUUUUUUAAUUGCCCUGUAUUAUAUAUUGUUGGCUAACUUGGGUGCUUGAUGUGGAAAGUCAAGAUAUUACAUUUAAUUAUUUAUCCACAAAUCCCCAUUAUUUAAGUUUUCUCUUUUGAAAACAAAUGUGACUGUGCUGGACAUUCUGGUCAACUUUCCACUUACAUAUGUAUUGAAUUUAGCAGCACAGUCAGUUCAUCAACACUUAACAUCUUACACCAAUGUAGUGCCCUCCAGAUGUUGUUGGACUCCCAGCUCCCAUCAAUUCCAUCCAGCAUGGCCAGCCAUCGUAGUCCAAAACACUUGGCAAGCACCAGAUUAGGAAAGGCUGGGCUAUAUUGUGAUUGCCUACACAUAUGUAAAGGGCUUUGUUGCCAGCAUGGUGGCAUUCUCGGUAUUCUUGAAAUGUGGUGACCUGGUUUGCACAGAGUGGUAAGCCAUCGUUUGUUUAAAAGUCUACAAGUUAACCGCAAGUUGUCCUGCGGACAAUGAUUACUUGGUUUUCCAAAGUUUGGUUUGUUGCUUCUCCUGCUUCUCUUGCCUUUUCCUUUACAGUUUGGUAAGCAUCAUCUAGGAUGGGGUGGUCAAACAAACCAUGGUUAAGGAAGGAUCCUGGGAGUAAUGCCAGGUCACUGUUAGAACAAACCAAGGUUCAAACCAUUGCUGCAACAAACCAUAGCUUCAGAGUGUAGUUUGUUGGCAGUAAGUAAACCAUUGUGAAGUUGUUGGGCCGGGUUCAUACAUAACAUUAAGUCAGUUUAGUAAACCAUGGUUUAGCGUUAUGUAUGAAACCAGCCAUGUUGUGACAAGCAAGAUUUCCCCACUUUUAAGUUUCAAGGAAACAGUACUGUUCUGUGCAUGCAUGUUCCCAAGGCUGAGAGGAGAGGCAUUUCUGGCCCUGGCUGUGUUUCUUCUAACCCUGGAUAUUUUCUCUUGUUAAUAGGCUAACCUCUUCCCUGCUGCCAUUGUACAUUUUGGAUCUGAGAUGCAGAAAGGUGAGUCACUUAUCUUCUUCCUCUCCAUAAGAAACUCUGCAUAGUUGUUACAUGAGCAUCUAGAUGAACUGUGUCCACGGUUUCAGCUAUGGUGGCUGAACUCUGAUUAAUGUGUUGGGCAUAAAUAAGUGGAUAUUUAUAGCUCGGGGCUCUUAGAGGUUCAUGAAACCUUUUCGUUUGAUGCAAAUUAAAUGAUAGCCCAAUAUGGAAAUGGUUGUAAGGGAAGUGCCCACUCUGGUUUAAGGCGAAAUGAACUGACUCUUGGUGCCAUUCAUUGUUUGCUGUAGAAAUUUUGGUUCACAGGUGGCUUUUUUUUCAAUUUGGGGGUGAGGCCUGUUUUUAGGUGAAAAUCUCUGCUUCCUAUGUACCACCCCUUUCUCAAUUCUUUUUUGACUCAGCUAGGGAGUACUCUUUGUCCUAUUGUGUGUAUCUUGAGUUAGCUAACAGCUAUAGAAAUCUUAAUCAUGCAAAAUAGGUGAGGUAUUAUCUUUUUUGAAUUGGCCCAUCUUCAGUUAGUGUGCAGAAUUGCACACUUUUUCAGGGUAGGUAUUUAGACCUUAAGUAAAAAUUAGGUCCAAAGUAUGGCAACUUUAUGUAUAUCUUCUGCAUCUAACUUAUUUUUUUGGACCAGACACUAAUACAGUAAAUGUCCACGUGAACAUUUCACAGUUGUCUCUCGCCAUGGUUCACUGUUAAUCUGAGGACAAAUGUCUGUGUGGUGCAUACUGUUCUGCACAUCUUUAAAAUGCAGCAGGACUGACCACCAUAGUUGGAUGGGCUUUAGGGGGAUUUGUCUGCAGGGAAGAUCAGAGUAGGGUUGUGCUGCAGGUUGAAGAUAACAUCUGGUAGUCUCUCCUAACAGUUCAAUUUACUAGGAAACUGCCAAGAACUAAAUGAUAAAAGAAACAUAUACAAGCAGGGGGAGACACCAUCCCUGUCUGGCAGUUCUAUUUUUGUGUAAUGUUGCAGUCUUUACUCAACUAGUUCACAGAAUAGGAUCUGAUAGGCAGAUGCGUGUUCUAAAAUACACAAUCUUAGAAGUUGAGAUAAAUGUUUCACAGGUUGGGAGAAGAGUACUGAAGACGAUUAGUGCAGCUUGUUGGGGCUAUUGGUUUCACAAAAUAACAGAUUUGCAUCAUGGGGCUUCCUAGCUCUGAAGGACAAGAACUUUGAGUGAGUGGUGUGUGUGUCUGUUUAACAGAUUAUCUAAGGUCGGACCUCCUGAAAUCUGCUGUGUCCCCUUCUGAAGCUGACAUCUUAGUAGCUAGGUAAGUAGUGUAAUUCUUUUUGAAGCUGUUGUGGAUGAGUGAGUUAUCAUAGAACUGCAGAGUUGGAAGGAAUCCCGAGGAUCCUCUAGUCUAACCCCCUGCAAUGCAGGAAUCUCAGCUAAAGCAUCCAUGACAGAUGGCCAUCCAACCUCUGCUUAAAAAGCUCCAGUGAAGGAGAGUCUACCACCUCCCAAGGGAGACCAAUCCACUGAGUUGUUGCCUUGCCCAAUGAAGAGUUUGCCAGCAGUUUACAAAGCUUGCUUUUACACGUGUUCUCCCACUGACAGCUUUGAACACCCCAAAUUAAUGAAGAGAGACCCCUGUAGUAUCAAAAGCCAUAGGGAUUGGGAGGCAUUUUUGCUGAUAUGCAACCUCUGGCUUUCGCAACAGUAUUUGCAGUGAUUUACAUUUUGGAAUAUGUAAGCUUAGCAACUGGAAGACCCAUAUGAACAUCUAAUACUUACUUUUUCUCUCAGGCGGUUGUCUAAAUCAGCACCUCCCACUAAGCGAAAUUCAGAUCCUGUUCUUAGUUCCCUACCUAAACCAAAUGAGACUGAUGGGAGCGUGGCAAGAGGGCACUCAGAAGCAGCAGUGGCUCCUGAAGCAGCACAGCCACCAGUAAGGAGGACGCCAUCUGGGAAAGUGCCAAAGUGGCUGAAGCUGCCAGGUACCUUCUUAAGUAUUACAGUGACGCGGGUGGCGCUGUGGGUUAAACCACAGAGCCUAGGACUUGCCGAUCAGGUCGGCGGUUUGAAUCCCCGCAACAGGGUGAGCUCCUGUUGCUCGGUCCCAGCUCCUGCCAACCUAGCAGUUCAAAAGCACGUCAAAGUGCAAGUAGAUAAAUAGGUACUGCUCCAGCGGGAAGGUAAACGGCGUUUCCGUGCGCUGCUCUGGUUCGCCAGAAGCGGCUUAGUCAUGCUGGCCACAUGACCCAGAAGCUGUACGCCAGCUCCCUCGGCCAGUAAAGCGAGAUGAGUGCCACAACCCCAGAGUCAGUCACGACUGGACCUAAUGGUCAGGGGUCCCUUUACCUUUACCUUACUUGUUCCUAGCCAUUGUACUGCUCCUAAAAAAGAUUCUGUGUGGCAGUCUGGCUCGUCAGCUAAGUGUGUAUCUGAAUAUCCUGAUUUAGGGCUGGGAAGGAAUUUCCCUCAAGCAGAUCAGUUUUCCUUUCCUUUCCCCUACCCCCAUACUCCUUUCCUACUACCCAUCUUAGGCAUGGUACGCCAUGCUUGUCUCCCCCUGUAAAACAUGGCCCUGUUUAGUCUCCUACCAGCAGAGCCCUAAAAUAUUCUAAUGUACUUUUCAGUCUGAAAGGACCUAUCAUUUGGGAGGCUCUGGAAAGCUCAGCAGUUGGAAGCUUCACUAUAUCAAAGUUUGUAGUAGAGGUUGCUUUCACAGUUGCUUUAUGUUUGCAUUUCAGGUGGGAAGCGAUGAAGGACUUGUGAUUUCCACCUUCAGAAAGUUGCCUCACCUGGCUGAGAGGCAAGUUGGGUUGCUCUGUUUUCCUUCAUCUGAAGCUGCUGAAAGACAGGGCCCAGCAAACGGAUUUUUCAGAAUAAAAUUGCAAGCACCAUUUUCUGUUGCCCAUUCUGCUGCUCUGUGUGCAACAUUAUGUUUGGGUGGUGGGUAAAGCAGAGACACACUCCAGCCACGCUGUUGUUUAACUAACAUGAAGUAGGCGCGGAAAUUUGUAGAACUACUUUGCUGUAUUUGUUGUGUAGGUGCAGGGAAUUUCAGGACCAGGUUGUUGAUGAUAAUUAAAAACCCAGUUGGGUGGUCAUAUAUGAGUCUGUGACACGUCAGUUGUCAGAUGAUCACCUUUGUGUUGUAUAAAUUGUCACCAAAUCCCCUAUGUUGGAGGUUUGCUUCUGGUAACCCACAGGACUCCAUGCCUGCCACACGCUGGACACUCCUUUUCCAGUGCUGCAGGCACCGUACGUUGCUGCAAUAUUUUGUAGUUCUCAAAAUCUGUUGGUAGAUCUGAAUGAAGAGAUGCCUUAGGACCUGGCAACACUUAAGAGAGGUCAGUGAAUACUCUUUUGGGGUAAUAAAAACACACACAUCCCCACAAAAUUGCUUCAGACAACAUAGGUUAGUGAUAGCCAAAAUGGAUGUCAUCUCAAAGUCUUCAGUAUGUUGCUUUUAAUUCUUUAAUGCCAUUGGCAAGUAGAGGCAAGCCAGAAUGCACUUCAUGGUCAUCUUUAUAUUAAAGAUAUGUGUGAUGCACAAGCAGAGGAUGUAGGCAAGGUCACAUGCCAAAACCCUUUUGGAGCUUCAGAUCCAUAACGAAACUUCCAUUGGCUUAUCUUUUUAAAUAUUCCAGUGUUCCCGGAGCCUCUUCCUACUUCCUUUUGAACACUAGCUUACGGUAGUUUCUGUUGAUUUCAUGCUGUCACUUCUUAAUAAGCACACAGUUCGCUUUGCUUUAUGUGCAUGUUUGAAUCAUGUACCGUAUUUUUCACCCUAUAGGGCGCACCAGCCCAUAGGGCGCACCUAGUUUUUUUUGGGGGGGGGAAUAAAGGGGAAAAAAUUAUUUCCCCCCCAGGCAUGGGGCUGGGGCGGGGGAAGCCCGAGCUUCCCCCAACCCCAGCCCCCAGAACAGGCUGCUAUCCGCAAGCCUAGGGAGCCCGGCAGGAACUCCCGCCGGGCUCCCCAGGCUUGCAGAGAGCUGCCCGAAGCCCGGGGUGCGCUCCGCUGUGCUCCCCGGGUUUUGGGCUGCAGGCUGCUGUCCGCAAGCCUUGGGAGCCUAGCGGGAACUCCCGCCGGGCUCCCAAGGCUUGCAGAUAGCUUCCUGAAGCCUGGAGAGCGAGAGGGGUCGGUGCGCACCGAUCCCUCGCUCUCCAGGCUUCAGCGAAAGCCUGCAUUCGCCCCAUAGGAUGCACACACAUUUCCCCUUCAUUUUUGGAGGGGAAAAAGUGCGUCCUAUAGGGCAUAAAAUACGGUAUUUCUACACUGCUUUUCACUGGAAGAAAAUAUCACAAAGUGGCUUCCAAAAAAGCAAAUGUAACAAAAAAUAGAUCAUACAAUAUAUAAAGCGAUAAAACAGACAAAUCACUAGAAAAAUGCACAGAUGUAUUGCGCUUCAGACUGAGUCCUACUUAAGGCUUCCAUCAAUUACUGGGAGCAUUUGAGGAACAGCCAAAUGCUGGUUUUCUCCUUCGCUACCCUCAGAGCCUUCAGAUGUUCAACUAGUUCAUAUCUUUGUUGAAGUAUUAUUCUGUAUUCCACCUGUAUCUUUUUUUCCUGAGCUGCCUUUUCUCCAGUUUAAGCUGUCCUCAUUUUUGUUUCCUUGGUUGCUUUUUCUAAACCAACGGCUAAUAUUGUGCUCCCUCCAUGUCCAGUCCCUGGCAGCACGAACGAGCACCAGCAACUGCUUCCUGUCAACCCAUAGUUCAGAUUAGGCCCGGAAAGAUCGGAGUGGCAGCAGCUUACGACCCCUGCCCAUCAGCAGUUUCAAGGGCUCGGGUUUCUGCGUCCUGGGGACUUCCUAACCAUGCCAACUCCUGAUACCAGGCUUGCCAGAAGGCUGCCAAAAUAGUAGCAAGGUGGAAAAUAUUUACUCUGGGAGAGAAAAACACCACUGGCUUGCUAGUUGGCAUCAUUUUGGUCUGAACUGCGAUAAUAUCUGGUAGUUUUCAGAACUUUUGACGUUUGUUCUCAAUGAAAACACUGUUAUUAUAUAAAAAUACAUUACAAAACAGGAAAAAAUAUGUUAUUCUAACUGAGGACUUUUACAAUGAUUAUUCCAAUGUGCAGCAAAAGGAACCCAUCUGUGCAGCGGUUAAUCACAAUUUGUUUCCAGUUGGAGUCAUAUCAAUAUAUUGUUGGCAUGUCUAUUUCAGCUGCAAGGAGUGCCUUCCCAGCUCCUCCGCAAUAAGCCAUGGUCUGUUGAUUUCUAGUUUGUUAAAAUUACAAAUGCAGUAACUAGCAUUUUCAAUUAGAGCUUUGUGGUCCAUUAGCACCUCUCCCCAACAAUAUCAUAAAAAGAAACAGGUUGCAGCUUAAUCCAGAUUGUUAUCAAAUGGAUGUUUUCCCCAUAAAAUUCACUAACCAGAAGGUAUUCUCACCACAUAUGUAUAACUCCCACCCAUAUAUGUUGACUCAUUGAAUCAUUUAGUCUUGUCACUCACUUCUCCCUCCUCCCCGGUCAUAUUCAAAAAUAUGAACGUUUCUCUGGGCCCAGCGGGCCGCUGCACACAUCACAUUAUAAGCAAGGGAUACCUGCUAGCAGAUUGCUGUGGAUACAUGCAGAUUGCUCUAAACUGAGACAUGCAAGGUAGCUCAGCCAUAUACAGGGCAGCAGUGAGCCAACUGAGUGCAUUAUUCCUCCAGCCCUUAUUGAAUUCAAACCGUAACCCCUGUUAAAUAAUCAGUUGCUGAGGAAGGCCAUUAAGGGCUAUAGGUCCUUAAAUAACAUCUGCACCCAUCUCUUCCCAUGACAACAGUAUGGUGCUCCCUAAACACUUGUGCAACUUCAAAGGCUUCUGGAUCCAAGUGUGAUUCAAUUGCCCCUCUGUAAACAGUUGUGAAGUUAAGCUAAUUUCUUUAACCCUGUGCUAUGCUAUUCAAAGACCCUGGCUCUUCUACAUAAUAGUUGAUGAAUAAGUGGAGGAGAAAUAUCUCUGCUGCAGGCUAACAGAUCAGGCUAGUUUGAUGCUAGAUGGGUGCUUAGAGUUACACUUUUUUCUGAGUGCAUAAUUUGUAGGUGUAUGGAAGCAGGGUGACCAUAAGAGGCCUUUCAAUUAGUCUCUUUUUGAAUUGCACAUCCUCUCCACCUACUUGUUCGGGUUCUCUAUCAGUUCAGAGUAACCUGCUUCCUGUUCAGUGUGCCUGACAUGGCCCAUUUCCCUCCUGCCCCUGCUUUUCCAACAAAGAAAACAAGAGCAUUGUACCAUCUGAAUGAACUUCAAAGUGGCUGGAAGGGGCACCAAGGGUUCCUGGCACUUGUCAUUGUCUCCCAGACUGACCAACAUUUCCCUUCAGGUCUAAUUACUUCCAAAUGCUUCCAGCCGCUUUGAAGAAAACCAGGAGGGGAGGGGGGGAGGGAAAAGGUAGGGAGAAAAGCUUCAGAGCACACAGGGAGCAGAGAGCAGUUAAAAUAGCAAAGGCGCAGAUCUUUAAUGUCACCCAAAAACUGAGCCACCAAAGAAGAUGAGUGUAUAAGACAACAGCUGAUGAAAACUGAAUCCUGCUUUAACUGUACUGUUCCACACACACACUGCUGCCAUCUGUGGUACUGGGAGGGUGGCUGCUACAGAAGACAAAGUGGAAACUAAAUCCAAGCAAGGUUGGGACAGUGCCAAUUCUAGCCUUAUUACCCUUACCUGGAAGAAUGUGGUCUGUGUGGUUCUUCAGCAAGUCCAUUUCUCUGUGCUAGGAGCUUGGCAGAUCUCAUCUUUCUGCACUCUACGUUGGAGGUUUCUAAUUGUUUCCUUUGGGCCGGUUAGUGUUGACACCCAAGCUGCUUUCUGGUUUUCCCUGUGAUCUGCCCUUUGUAUCUUUAUACUGUAAGAUCUGUCACAUAAUCAAGCAGCCAGCAUUCUGCGCUGAAAUGUUGUUCAAACAGAACACACACACUGCUGUUAGGACAGAUCAUACGCAUUAGCAUAUGGGUCUCUGGCUGAAAGGUGUAUGUGUGUUCUUGAAAAACAGAAUUUUGUUUUAUUGCUAUAUUUUUAUUACAAGCCAUGGAGGGAAACAGGGAAGGGAUGACGCCCUGCGGAUUGAAGCCCCAGACUGAAAAUGCCAAGCUGUCUUGUUUCUAAGUUUUGACCAUAAAGUUACUUACAUUUCAAAGGUUGAG